CUCCAGCACAGCAGCUUUGGGUCUGUCUAGCUGCAGUGAGUGCGCCCCGACAUUUGACAGAGCCGAGCCGAGCACGCGCCGCUAACGUCUCAUGGGUGGCACGUGCGAAGGUGCGGCGACAGCGACCCAAUGAGACCGCAGCGAUUUACGGUGCGACCAAACAGCUGCUAGAAUGGAGAUGACGUUCGAAAAUCCAAGAGCCGAUAGAUUUCUGUGCGCGCGCACUCCAGGCACGGCAACCUGUGGAAGGCCACGCCCUCCAGGGGGUGAUCCGAGACGUAUCCCGUCAACGCUCUCUGUCCUCUGCGGUUGCCAGGCAGAUUCCGUCCUCCUGGGUGCGCUCGCGCGAAAUCACACGCCUCGUAUGCGCGUGCAAGGACCGCUCCCAUGCGCGGCCCCGCGGCGGGCCGGUCCUGUGGGGACGGGAUCGGAUGAAGCGAGAGGAGAGGCCUUGACAGAGCGCAGGCUGAACGCAGGGUGUGAGGAGAGGACACAUUGAGGGAGGACCCCUGGCAGUCACACAGCUGACACAUCCCGCCGGGUGGAGGAGCACGGAGAGGGGGGCUCUGCACUGGGCAUGACGGGUGUAUGACAGGGGGCUUGGCAUGGCGGAGAGGGGGGGCUGCGCGCUCCUGGACUCCUUACCGAUGGAAAUAAGGGAGAGUUUGGCCGAACUGGAGCUGGAGCUCUCGGAAGGUAAGAUUGUGCUGACCUUAAAAUAGGGAAUUUAUAUUGCAAUACAUCUGGCAAUGCUCAAUGCUGGCUACCCCCUGGCAAUGCUCAAUGCUGGCUACCCCCUGGCAAUGCUCAAUGCUGGCUACCCCCUGGCAAUGCUCAAUGCUGGCUACCCCCUGGCAAUGCUCAAUGCUGGCUACCCCCUGGCAAUGCUCAAUGCUGGCUACCCCCUGGCAAUGCUCAAUGCUGGCUACCCCCUGGCAAUGCUCAAUGCUGGCUACCCCCUGGCAAUGCUCAAUGCUGGCUACCCCCUGGCAAUGCUCAAUGCUGGCUACCCCCUGGCUAUGCUCAAUGCUGGCUACCCCCUGGCAAUGCUCAAUGCUGGCUACCCCCUGGCAAUGCUCAAUGCUGGCUACCCCCUGGCAAUGCUCAGUGCUGGCUACCCCCUGGCAAUGCUCAAUGCUGGCUACCCCCUGGCAAUGCUCAAUGCUGGCUACCCCCUGGCAAUGCUCAAUGCUGGCUACCCCCUGGCAAUGCUCAAUGCUGGCUACCCCCAGGCAAUGCUCAAUGCUGGCCACCUCCUGGCAAUGCUCAAUGCUGGCCACCUCCUGGCAAUGCUCAAUGCUGGCCACCUCCUGGCAAUGCUCAAUGCUGGCCACCUCCUGGCAAUGCUCAAUGCUGGGUACCUGCGGCAUCAGGCUCUGCUGGGUUUCUUUAUACUCCCUUCCAAUAGUGCACCUUCAUGAUGUCAGCCGUGUGUCCCUUAACACUGCAUUCUGUUGAAUCCAGGUAGGCUCAAUCACCAGUGCAUUAGCUUGAUUUCCACUAUCUAGCAAAUCUAUGUUCCUUCUGAAGUCAGCAGCUUAGAUCUAAGUGCCUGGUUUGAAUACCCAACUGCUGGCAUAUCUGUUCCCGUGAGACAUUCAACCAUAGCAUCCAUGACUAUCAUUGAGCUAACCACAGUCCAUCCUUCUACAAUCCCUCUGCUCCCUAGGAUGAAUAGCAAUUACCUGGUCUUGGUACAAGGGUAAAUAUGCCAAACACAAAACUUUCAGGCGCCUAUAUAGUGUCAGUACAAUGCACUUACAUGUAACACUGGCUUGUUAAUAUAAAUUAUGGUCCCUAGGGUGAUAAUCUUAUUUUUCCAAAGGUUUUGGGGGGAUACUUUCACAUUACUUGUGAAUAUAAGCCCUUAAGUUUGGACAUUUAGUGUUAAGAGUCAAGAUCUGUGCUAGGCACAUAGUUCACUGUCUUGAUCUGGUGUGCAGAAAGCAUCAUUUACAGUGAGCUAGAUAUCUAUCUAUUUCCUUUUAUAUUUCAUUCUGCAAACAUUGAAAGAGUCCUGCUAAAUCCUAGCUUCCUUGUGAUUAAGGCAAGUAUGGGACUGCUACACAAGGACCCCUCACCAUGUGCAGGGGACGCCACUGUGGAUAUAAGGGAUACUAACCUAGUACAGUUUAAAAGCUAUAGCAUACAUCUCUUUGAAUUUGUUUUACACUCUGAGUCCAUAGAUCAAAAUAUCAAGUAAACAUCUUCCCAAAAUGUAUGUACUUAGUGGGAUCCUUAACUUAUUUCAAAGUUGAAGCCAAACAUAAAACAUGUUUAUAUGUGUGUAUGUAUGUAUGUGUGUGUGUGUGUGUGUGUGUGUGUGUAUAUAUAUAUAUAUAUAUUGUUAUCUUUGUUUUACUUUCAUCCACAGUGAGUAAAUGGUGCGAAAGAUUUAAGUCUAUACAUAUAAAUGAUAAUGAAGGGUAUAUAUUCUCGGAACAGUGUUUUUCUAUAUAAGGUUUUUAACCAGUUAUUUGAUGGAAUCCCAAGAGCAGUGGGUUAUCACUGGACUUAGUUACUACCCAUCUGUUUUUCCCAGACUUUGUUGAUCAGUACUUUGUCUCAUAAAAUAUACUAAUUAUGCAUCAUUUGAGGUGUUGUGGUAAGAUGGAAUUGAAUGGGAAUUAGACAUUGUUUAACCAUGCAACUUUCACUUUGGAUGAUUGCUUUCCAUGUGCUUGUCUCAGUUUGAUGUCACCAUUCCAUUUACCUAGCAGGCCAACUGCUUUCCUUCUAAUCCUCUCAGAACUGGACUAUAAUGUUAGACUUUAUUCCCUGGCAGUUCUGGAGCAAAUGCUAUUGAUGUGACAUUAUUUCAUGGGGUGCAGAAUCCCUCCUGCAGUGAACUUCCCCCAACAGAUGAUGACUUGUCAGUAUCUGACCUAAUGCUUUCAUGUACUUGCUGGCUGCAUAGUGGCAAGAAAACCCUGGCAUUGCAACAGCCCAGCAGAUUGGCUAAAAUUAGGUGGAGACAGGUCCAUCUCACAAGGCUCUAAACAAGUUUCACUUAACUUUGAUACACUAGGGUUGGUUGGCUGGCAAUGUUGGCUUUUUAUAAUCUGUGCAUUGAGGAAUAUUGUUCAUUUCAUAUCCACUCUGAUGAGUGUUAAUUCAUUUCACUUUGCACAAUAUUGUCUGUAUCCUAUAGUUAAAAAUAUGUCUAACUUUACACUAUACAUAACUUUUUCUACAGAUGUUUAGUGAGUACAGAAAUUCUGCUUGCUGUAACUUCCCCCUCCCCCCUCCAAGUAAUCUAUGGAACUGGUACAAAACAUUUUUUUUAGACUAGGGACUUUGGCUUAAACACUGAAUUUUAUCUAAUUAAAUCCUAGUGGCAAAAUGGAGUUUAAAAUCGGUAAAAUGUCAAUAUAGCGGAGUUGGGGAUUUUUUUCCAAAUAAACUUUUUUUUUUUUUAGUCUGUUUUGACAUUUAAAUCUAAUGCACCAACAUUGAGUUUUGUGUAUAGUCCUGUCAGCCAAUAUGACAAAAUACAUCUUGUAAGAACUAUAGACACAUCUUCAUUGCAUUAGAUGUGAUGACACAUGAUUAAAGGGUUACUCCAACCACCAUGACCACUUCUGCUUUUUGAAGGGGUCAUGAUGGUAGAAGUCUGGAUGUGCAGUGUUCAGCUUGAAGCACUGCACGUCCAGAGUGAUUAGUACUUGUUGGUUGGGGAAUUGUUGCAUCCCCAGCACACGUGACAUUUGCAGCCCCAAUAUCAAUUCUGUGCAAUUUUAUGUGUGUCAUCAACGUGUAAUGAACACUGACGACAGAUGUAAUGUGACGUCAUUUGUGUGUCUCCUCCCUGCAGCCCACCCACCUCCUGAUCCCAUCAUUGACAUUUUUUUGAGCUCCCUCAUUCUCCUCCUAUUGCUGGCUCAGAGCUCAUUAAGCCGGCUAAAUGGUCCAGUCAAAUGCUUCUCUGUGAGAAGCGUCUGAUUGGAUACUCAUCGGCUGUCGUGAUGCCAGGAGGCGGAUUUCAGGUAAGAUAAAGCAUUUAGGAGGGGGAACAUAAAAAAAAAUGCCUAGUAGGGCAUUAUUCAUUAAAAAAAUAUAUAAAUAAAAUUCAUAAGGCUUGGCGUAACCUUUUCCAAUCAAUAUCUCAUGUGAAUUUUUACAUUUGUAAAGUCCGAUUGCUCAUAGAUUUUAUGGAAAUGCAACUUGUGCAUCGAAAAUUAUACAUCUAACAACUACAGUAUUUUACUGUUUUAAUGUCAAUAUUUUAUUUUUUUAUUAAACAUUUAUAUAUUGCAUCUUCAAGAUCCUCUGUCUACACUUUCCAAUCUGCAGCAUUUUUUCACAGCCAUAGUAGAGCCGUGACAUCAUCAUAGGUAGCUUGUACUAACCUAAAUAGGUGUAUGGUUUAACUACUUUCUGUGAGAAAAAUGAUGCAGCCAUUGGAGCACACAUCUGUGGUGUGUUUCUUUUAUUUAAAAAAGGUUUGAAGGUAUAACAUCAGGUCACUGGCUCCUCUUUACCUACUUUUGUGGCUAUUUUUGCCUUGCAAUGUGUCUAAUGUCCUUUUAAAGGGCAGGUUUAUAGCUGUAAUUGUUUUUACAGUUUACUGAAGUAAUAAGCUCCUAUGUGCAGAAAGACCGGGACAAAUGAAUGCCUUGCACCGUAAACAAUGUAGCAUAGAUUGUGAGGGUGCUUGGAGUGUCCUUUUAUUUGUUAGCUAACUGUGUUUCAGUUGUAACUAAAAGUCUGCAGGUUCUUUCUACUGGAGAAAAUAAUCCAGAAAUUACCAACUGCAAUACUACCUGAUUUACAGGAAGCUAUAACAAAGUUUCCUUAAAAAGAUUUACUAAAAUUUCUGGGUCUAUAAUCACCCACGCUCUCGUCUUGGCAUUUGUACCAACUUGCAGAGAUCUUCUGUGUGUAGACUAACAUCAUCGUUAAGUGAGUGAACAGGUUUUAUAUUAUAUUUAUGUUUUCAUUGUCUAACUCUUUUGGAUUUCCUUCAAUUAAGUGUUGGUUCAGGAAUUUGUGAGGCCUGAAUCAUAUUAUUUUGUGUUUUGCUAAUGUACAGGUGAUACUCAAAAAAUUAGAAUAUCGUGCAAAAGUUUAUAUCAGUAAUGCAAGGGGAAACUAAUAUGAGAUAGACGCAUUAUAUGUAAAGCAAGAUAGUUCAAGCCAUGAUUUGUCAUAAGUGCGAUGACUAUGGUUUACAGCUCAUGAAAACCCCAAAUCCACAAUCUCAGUAAAUUAGAAUAUUGUGAAAAGGUGCAAUAUUCUAGGCCAGGGAUAGGCAACCUUCGGCAUCCCAGAUGUUGUGGACUACAUCCCCCAUAAUGCUUUUACACCCAUAAUGCUGACAAAGCAUCAUGGGAGGUGUAGUCCAAAACAUCUGGAGUGCCUAAGGUUGCCUAUGCCUGUUGUAGGCUAAUAGUGUCCCACUCUAAUCAGCUAAGUAAGCCAUAACACCUGCAAAGGGUUUCUGAGCCUUUAAAUUGUCUCUGUCUGGUUCAGUAGGAAUCACAAUCAUGUUGAAGACUGCUGACCUGACAGUUGUGCAGAAAACCAUUAUUGACACCCUUCAUAAGGAGGGAAAGCCUCAAAAGGUAAUUGCGAAGGAAGGUGGAUGUUCCCAAAGUGCUGUAUCAAAACACAUUAAUAGAAAGUUAUGUGGAAGGGGAAAGUGUGGAAGAAAAAGGUGCACAAGCAGCAGGGUUGACCGCAGCCUGAAGAGGAUUGUCAUGAAAAGGCCAUUUAAAAGUGUUGGGGACUUUCACAAGGAGUGGACUGAGGCUGGAGUCAGUGCAUCAAGAGCCACCACAGACAGACUGAUCCUGGACAUGGGCUUCAGAUGUCGUAUUCCUCUUGUCAAGCCGCUCCUGAACAACAAACAAAGUCAGAAGCGUUUUACCUGGUCUGUUGCUCAAUGGUCCGAAAUCCUCUUUUCUGAUGAGAGCAACCUUUGCAUUUGAUUUGGAAACCAAGGACCCAGAGUCUGGAGGAAGAAUGAAGAGGCACACACUGCAAGAUGCUUGAAGUCCAGUGUGAAGUUUCCACAGUCUGUGUUGAUUUUGGGAGCCAUGUCAUCUGCUGGUGUUGGUCCACUGUGCUUCAUUAAGUCUAGAGUCAACGCAGACAUCUACCAGGAGAUUUUGGAGCACUUCAUGCUUCCUUAAGCAAACAAGCUUUAUGGGGAUGCUGACUUGAUUUUCCACCAAAGCCUGGUUCAAUGACCGUGGGAUUACUGUGCUUGAUUGGCCAGCAAACUCGCCUGACCUGAACCCCAUAGAGAAUCUAUGGGGCAUUGCCAAGAGAAAAAUGAGACAUGAGAUCGAACAAUGCAGAAGAGCUGAAGGCCGCUAUUGAAGCAUCCUGGUCUUCCAUAACACCUCAGCAGUGCCACAGGCUGAUAGCUGCCAUGCCACGCUGCAUUGAGGCAGUAAUUGCUGCAAAGGGGGCCCAUACAAAGUACUGAGUCCAUAUGCAUGCUUAUACUUUUCAGAGGUCGGGUAUUGUUCUAUGUACACUCCUUGUUUUAUUUAUUGCAUGUAAUAUUCUAGUUUACUGAGAUUGUGGAUUUGGGGUUUUCAUGAGCUGUAAGCCAUAAUCAUCGCAUUUAUGACACAUCACGGCUUGAACUAUCUUGCUUUGCAUGUAAUGCGUCUAUCUCAUAUAUUAGUUUCCCCUUUUACGUUGCAUUACUGAAAUAAAUGAACUUUUGCACAAUAUUCUAAUUUUUCGAGUAUCACCUGUAUGUACUAUUCAUGGAUAUGUAUGCUACAGUCUGCCUGUUCUGAAUGUUUCUUCUGAAGAUGUGAAAACUUGUAACAAUACCUUGAUGAUAAAGAGUGUUGUAUGUGUGUGUAUGUAUGUAUACAUACACACCACACACACACCAAUUACUAAUAAGGUUUGCAAAAUGGGGAAAAAUUUAACUUGGAAGUGAGUUCAAAAAAUUUUUCUACUAACCUUAAAAUGUACAUUAUAUUAUUAUUAUUAUUUUUUUUUUUUUUACCCCCUUUGUAUUCAUAGUUUUAACAGCAUUUUAAAAAAUCAACUUCUUCUAAACAUACCUGAAUUUACCAACAAAAUUGUCAGGUGGAUAGAUAGUAAAUACAGUGUCUGCUUUUUCAUACAGAUCUAUAAUGUGCAAAAACCUAUUAUUUUAAUAGAUAUCAAAUAAAAAAAAAGUAUACUGUGUGUGUAUAUAUAUAUAUAUAUAUAAUGUGUGUGUAUGUAAAAGCUGUUGAGACUUGUAGGGUGGAUCAUAACUACGACCCCUUUCUUUCUGCCUAUGUUAUUGGCACUCUUAUUAUUCAGCAUUUUCCAUGUCUGUCACCCCUUUCAAACUUGUCAAAAGUCAGAGCUUUAAAAAUGGACCCCCGCUAGAACAACCACAAGAAAUGGCUCUAAAAGACUCAUUUGCACAAUACUUUAUACAAUUAACUGUAAAGAUUGAGUCAUGAACUGAUGCUUUAAGGAGCUCCAUUUACUAAUUUAAAUUUUUUUUGUGUUCAGAAACUCAGUUGUAUGUAGUCUUUUGAUGUAUCCUUUAAAACAUGACAUUAAAUAGGCUUUGAUGCUUUGUUCGUGGGUGUAACCAUGGACAGAGUGGUUACACCACCUGACACAUUCAUCUUAAAGCAACUCUGUCACCUUUUGUCACUUGUUAAACCCCCCCCUCCCCCCCUCCCAACAACCCAGCGCUGAUACCCUUUAAUGGUAUACUCUAAGCACCAGAACAACUUUGGAUUAAUGAAGCAGUUUUAGUGUAUUGAUGCCCCUGCAGUCUCACUUCUCAAUUCUCUUUUAUGAAUGCAUUAAAGAUGCUCUGUCACCUCAAGCCUGACUGUCCUCUUUUAGAAUCUGUUCCUUUUUAUUUUAUUUUUUAUUUCUGAUUUUUGUCUUUAAAACUUUAGACAAAAUAGGUACUACUUGGUGUUUUUUUUGGUGUCAUCUUGGUGUAUUUUUGGUGUCAUCUUGACAAAGGGUGGAUUUUAAGGCAAGCUCCAAUAUAUUAACAAAGAAAUGGGAACUUGACUUAUGCCUUAAACUCCAUCCUUUAAGAUUGUGAAUCGUAGGAAAAAUACACGUCAUAGUAGUCCUUACUUUGUAUUAUGGUUUAGGCUGAAGGGGGGAAAAUGGGGAGAUUCUGAAAGAGGAAGAGAAAAGGAAACAAUAGGAGAAGGGUAUGUUUGAACUGUUACUUUAACACACACAAUGUAUAUACAGGCUCUAGCAGGUUAUUAAUAGAGUAGGCGGUAAGAAAUUCUAAAUUAGCAGACUGCAUUGAACAAAGUCUAAACAUUAGAUCAGGGCUUGACCGAUUUACUUUGAAUAUAAGAGCCAGCUAAGAAAGUUAGGAGCCAGUUUUUUAUUUUAUUUUUUAUACUAACAAAGCUUUAUUUUCAACAAAACAAAUACAAUGAAAGGGACACUAUAGUCCCCAGAACCACUACAGCUUGUGUUUAUAGCUUGUCUUGAAGGCUUUUCAAUGUAAACCAUGCCUUUUGGCAGUCAUUCAGUUACUAAAGUGCCUUCUAUCUCAGUGCUGCACCUACAUUCAGCAUCUCCACGCUGUGCAAGGAGGUGCUGAAUGUUACCCUGAAUGUUACCCAGAUUUAAUGUACAUCUAUGGGGAGAUGCUGAAUGGCGCAGUGUUUUGCUGCACAUGCGCAAUAUGCUCCCAGUGCUUUCUUAUUAGAUCAUCAAGCUUGAUUAUCUCAACCAUGAAGACAGGGCCAGCCUUGGUGAGGCCAGCACAGCGUGGUAAAAACACCUUUUCUAUGUGAUCUGAGGGGGACUGGUCACCUAAACAGACACACACAUUCACAAAUUAUUAGUUGUUUAAAUACAUUUUAAGUCCACCUAGUCCACUCCAGAGAGCUGGAGUGGAAUGGUUUUCCCUGGGGUCCAGUGUGGGGCUGCUGUCACCUUCCAACUCUUCUUGCUCUGCUCCCUCGCACACUGUUUAGUGAUGCUGGGACAUCAUAUUUCAGCUGACCAAGAAUAUUACAGCAACCUCGCAGCCGCACGUACACCUACACUCCCCCUCAGCCUGUCGGUCGUCUGCCUGCCUUGGAAGGAACAGGCUGACAAAUACCCAGGCGCAAUAGGCCUUUCCUGUAGGAAAAUAUUGACUUAAAGCAGGAGGACGUCCAGCGUCAUUUCACAGAGUUAAAACUCUAUGAAAAAGUAGAAGGCACCUCUUGUGGCAAUCUGGUAGACCGCUACUAAUGGCAGUGUUUCAUAAAUAUAACAUUUUAUGAAAUACUUAGAAGUUGAAUGUGUUGGAAUUUUUUUAUUGAAAGCCUAGCAGAUUUUGCUUCCAGUUUGGCUAUAAAGGGAUACUAUAGACACCAGAACAACUGCAAGAUUGUAUAUUGGACUUCAGUGUUGUACCGGUCGAUAAAACGCCAUCAGGUGAAGUAGGAGUAGAAUGGACACAAGAAAGACAACAUAAAUACUUCUUUUAAAGCUUAUUUUUUGAUUCUAUACUAUUCCAGGAGUAACUUGAAACAAAAAUCAAUAUCCUAUUAAAAUUUCAAAAAAAUAUUGUCUGUUUGAAAGAAUAUUACUGACCUCUUGUUGCUGCCCAAGUAUCUGCUGGGGCUAUCUUUCUAAGGUCAUAUGAUAGCCUUAUGAUUUGUGUGAGGUCAGCUGAUUUUAAAUGUGUUUGUUGGGGGCGGGGGGGGUUUGUUGUUUUGUUUUGUUUUGUUUUUUUAUUCUUUUUGUUUCAACAGCACCAGUGGUACGGCUUGGAAUAAGGAAAGCAAACUCGGAAGCAAAUUUAUUUUGACACUAUGCGUACAGCCCAUCCAAAAAGAUUGGCCUAUCACCUAAUUUUACCUUCAGAAUUCUAACCAAUAAAAUAUGUAUAAAACUCCAAGUUGCCCCACCUCCAUUCCAGCAGACAUAGUACCGUGUUUCUCCGAAAAUAAGACCGGGUCUUAUAUUAAUUUUAGUCACAAAAAACACACUAGGGCUUAUUUUCAGGGUAGGGCUUAGAGCCAGUCUGUCAGCUGGUGUCCGCGCUGUGUAACCCCCCCCCAGAGACCCUGACCUCCCCCUCCCUGUAAUAUUCUCCCCUCCCUCCCUCCCUGUAAUACUCUCCCUGUAAUAUUAUCCACCCCCUCCCUCCCUGUAAUAUUCUCCCUCCUGUAAUAUUCUCCCCUCCUGUAAUAUUCUCCCCCCCCUCCCUCCCUGUAAUAUUAUUCCCCCCUCCCUCCCUGUAAUAUUAUCCCCCUCCCUGUCUCCCCCUCCCUCCUGUAGUACUCUCCCCUCCCUCCCUGUGGUACUCUCCCCCCCUCCCUCCUGUGAGUACUCUCCCCUCCACCCUGUAGUACUCUCCCCCCUCCUCCCUGUGGUACUCUCCCCCCUCCUCCCCUGUAAUACUCUCCCCCCCCCUCCUCACUGUAAUACUCUCCCCCCCUCCCUCGCACUGUAAUACUCUCCCCUCCUCAUGUCUCUCCCCCUCCCUCACAGUAAUAUUAUCUCCUCCCACUAAUAUUAUCACCUCCCCCCUCCCUCCCUGUAAUACUCUCCCCCCCUCCUCCUGUAAUGCUCUCCCCCUCCCUCCUGUCUCUCCCCCUCCCUCCCUGUAAUGCUCUCCCCCCUCCUCCCUGUGUGCUCUCCCCCCCUCCCUCCUGUAAUACUCUCCCCCCUCCCUCCCUGUAAUAUUAUUUCCCCCCUCCCUCCCUGUGUGUGUUUCCCCCCCUCCUCCUGUAAUUAUCCCCUCCUCCUGUAAUAUUAUCUCUCCCCUCCCUCCUGUAAUAUUAUCUCCCCCCACCUCCUCCCUGUAAUACUUUACCCCUCCUCCCUGUAAUACUCUACCCCUCCCUCCUGUAAUACUCUGCCCUCCUCCCUGUGUCUAUCACCCCCUCCUCCCUGUAAUACUAUCCCCCCCUCUCCCUCCUGUAAUACUAUCCCCCCUCCCUCCCCUGUAAUACCAUCCCCCCUCCCUCACUGUGUCUCUCCCCCCCUCACCCAGUAAUAUUAUCUCCCUCACAGUAAUAUUAUCUCCCUCACAGUAAUAUUAUCUCCCUCACAGUAAUAUUAUCUCCCCCCCCUCCCUCCCUGUAAUAUUAUCCCCCCUCCUCCCUGUAAUACUCCCAAUCUUCUCCUCACCUCCCCUGUAGUGUGGCCGAGCUCCUAUCCGGUCUGCGACCCGGCCGGACUGACAGGAAGUGCACUUCCUGUCAGUCCGGGCGGGUCGCGGACCGGAAAGGAGCUCGGCCACGCUACAGGGGAGGUGAGGUGAGGCAGUGCGGCAGCCGUCUGAGCGCUCUCUAUAGAGGGCUCAGGCGGCUGAGGCAUUUAAAGGGCCGGCAGCCGCCGGCCCUGUCUAGGUCUUAUUUUCGGGGUAGGGCUUAUAUUGCUGCCCACCCCGAUAAUCCAGCUAGGGCUUAUUUUCGGGGAAACACGGUAGGAAGCUUUCUGUCAGAACACUAUAGCAUUAGAAAUGCACACUUAUUCACUAUAGUGUCACUGUCCCUAACAUAUUAGCCUCCUAAUAUGUCCCUAACAUAUUAGCCUCCUAAUAUGUCCGAAGAAUAAAAAAAGAAAUUCUCGCUUCCAAUAGGAGAGCAUUGGGAAGCUAAUGCGCACCCGCUGUAAAACGCUGUGCUGGCCAAUCAGCAGCUCCUUGUAAAGUUGCAUUGAAUCAAUGCAUCUCUAUGGGUAAAGAGCAUGGAGACGCUUAACGUCAGUGUGUGCAGCACUGACCUAGGAUGCACCUCUAGUGACCGUCUGAGUGACUGGUACUGAAGGUGUCGCUAGGCAGUAAUAUUUUUAUAAUUCUUUCACUUAAACAACACAAUGUAACUCAAUCACACUUCUGUGAAAUCAAACUGUCCACUUAAGAAACAAUACUGAGUGACAAUCAAUUUCACAUGCUGUUGUGCAAAUGGGAUAGACAACAGGUUGAAAUUAUAGGCAAUUAGCAAGACACCCCCAAUAAAGGAGUGGUUCUGCAGGUGGUGACCACAGACCACUUCUCAGUUGCUAUGCUUCCUGGCUGAUGAUUUGGUCACUUUUGAAUGCUGGCGGUGCUUUCACUCUAGUGGUCGCAUGAGACGGAGUCUACAACCCACACAAGUGGCUCAGGUAGUGCAGCUCAUCCAAGAUGGCACAUCAAUGCGAGCUGUGGCAAGAAGGUUUGCUGUGUCUGUCAGCGUAGUGUCCAGAGCAUGGAGGCGCUACCAGGAGACGUGGAGGAGGCCGUAAGAGGGCAACAACCCAGCCGCAGGACCGCUACCUCUGCCUUUGUGCAAGGAGGAACAGGAGGAGCACUGCCAGAGCCCUGAAAAAUUACCUCCAGCAGGCCACAAAUAUGCAUGUGUCUGCUCAAACAGUCAGAAACAGACUCCAUGAGGGUGGUAUGAGGGCCCAACGUCCACAGGUGGGGGUUGUGCUUACAGCCCAACACUCUGCAGGACGUCUGGCAUUUGCCAGAGAACACCAAGAUUGGCAGAUUCGCCACUGGCUCUCUGUGCUCUUAACAGAUGAAAGCAGGUUCACACUGAGCACAUGUGACAGAGUCUGGAGACGCCGUGGAGAACAUUCUGCUGCCUGCAACAUCCUCCAGCAUGACCGAUUUGGCAGUGGGUCAGUAAUGGUGUGGGAUGGCAUUUCUUUGAGGGCCGCACAGCCCUCCAUGUGCUCGCCAGAGGUAGCCUGACUGCCAUUAGGUACCAAGAUGAGAUCCUCAGACCCCUUGUGAGACCAUAUGCUGGUGCGGUUGGCCCUGGGUUCCUCCUAAUGCAAGCCAAUGCUAGACCUCAUGUGGCUGGAGUGUCAGCAUUUCCUGCAAGACGAAGGCAUUGAUGCUAUGAACAAGCCCGCCCGUUUUCCAGACCUGAAUCCAAUUGAGCAUAUCUGGGACAUCAUGUCUCGCUCCCUCCACCAACGUCACAUUGCACCACAGAGUGUCCAGGAGUUGGCAGAUGCUUUAGUCCAGGUCUGGGAGGAGAUCCCACAGGAGACCAUCCGCUACCUCAUCAAGAGCAUGCACAGGCGUUGUAGGGAGGUCAUACAGGCAUGUGGAGGCCACACACACCACUGAGCCUCAUUUUGACUUGUUUUAAGGACAUUACAUCAAAGUUGGAUCAGCCUGUAGUGUGUGUUUCCACUUUAAUUUUGAGUGUGACUCCAAAUCCAGACCUUCAUAGGUUGAAAAAUAUGAUUUCUAUUUUUUUUUAAUUUUUGUGAUUUUUGUUGUCCGCAUAUUCAACUAUGUAAAGAACAAAGUAUUUCAGAAGAAUAUUUAAUUCAUUCAGAUCUAGGAUGUUAUUUUUGUGUUCCCUUUAUUUAUUUUUUUGAGCAGUGUACAAGCAGAAACAGUUGUACAUAGAAAUCAGCACAUUUUUGUUAUGAGAUUGCCAUAGCGCAGAUUUGGGUAGACUUUACUAAAGGUUUAAGUAAUUGGUGAGGCUUGCUACUAGAUAAGUGAUGAGAGAUAUACCACCAGGUUGUGGCUAACUUGCUUUGGCGUAGUUAGUGACACUAGAGUGACAAAGUUAGAUGCCACAUUGACUUAAAACACAAGUAAUAUAUACACACUGCGUUACAUGAAAAUGUCUGCAGGGACUGCCUAUAGAUACCAGAACAACUACAUUAAAGGACCACUAUAGUGCCAGGAAAACAUACUCGUUUUCCUGGCACUAUAGUGCCCCGAGGAUGCCCCCACCCUCAGGGUCACCCUCCCGCCUGGCUCUGGGGAGAGGAAGGGGUUAAAACUUACCUUUUUCCAGCGCUGGGCGGGGAGCUCUUCUCCGAUCCUCCUCCUCCAAUUCGGCUGAAUGCGCACGCGCGGCAAGAGCUGCGCGCGCGUUCAGCCGGUCUCAUAGGAAAGCAUUGUAAAUGCUUUCCUAUGGACGCUUGCGUGUUCUCACUGUGAUUUUUUUACAGUGAGAAUCACGCAAGCGCCUCUAGCGGCUGUCAAUGAGACAGCCACUAGAGGCUUUGAGGGCUGGUUUAACCCAUUUAUAAACAUAGCAGUUUCCCUGAAACUGCUAUGUUUAUAAAAAAAAAAAUGGGUUAACCCUAGCUGGACCUGGCACCCAGACCACUUCAUUAAGCUGAAGUGGUCUGGGUGCCUAGAGUUGUCCUUUAAGCUAUAGUUCUUCACGUGAUCAUAGUGUCCCUUUAAGACCUCAAACUAUUAUAAAAGUUUGACUAUUUAAAAUGCAGGGGGUGCCAGAGCACCUCAGAAUAACCAUUACUGUGCACUGUAGUAGUUAUGGAGUAGUGUUCUUUUAAAAUAACGUGGUGUAGUGCUUUGCAUUUGGAUGGCACACCUCGUCUGUGCAUAAAAUUGAAUACAGUAUACAAAUGUCUUUGACAUAUACUCUGUUCACUAAAUAGCCUGCAAAUUGAGUAGAUAGAGGCCAAUUUAACACACGUUAAUACAUUGGAAAAUAUUUUGUUGGCACUAGUGGUGUAUUUUGGAUUUGUGCUGCCCUCGGCAGAACGGUGCUCGGGCACCUCACUCCUUCCUCUCAAGGCCGCACUUUGACUGACAGACACUUUCUUACUGAUCCAUUUACUGACAAACACUCACUAAAGUCAUUGGCACACACACUGUUACCAACACACACUUUCACAGACAGACACACACACACACAUACACUCAUUGAGACACACUCGUAUACACUGACAGACACACACACACACUGAAUCACAAACACAGAUUUCCUCCAACACUCACACAUUAUUUUUUUUUAAAUUUUACUUUAAAUCCACCCAGCCUGGCUGGGAGAGCUGGAGUGGAUUACUUACAUGUGGUCCAGUGGGGCUGCUCCGCGGGCAGGCACGGGGCGGACAGGCUGAGCAGGCAGCAAGGGAGCUUUAAUCUUCCUGCUCAACUCCCUUGCGCGCCUUUUAGUGAUGCCUGGAGCCGGAGUGACGUCAUAUUUUGGCUCCCGGCUUCAUUUAGCGGUGCGUGAGGGACCUGAGCAUGAUGGGCUCACGUGAACAUGCUCCCUCUCUGCUCGACCGCAAUAGAAGCUGCUUCCCGCCUCGGGGAGGCGAGGGUGGGUGGGCUCAAAAGUGGCCAGCUCUUGUGCCCCUAAGGACACGAAGCAAACAAGGCAAAGUGCCGCUCAAGGCAAAUGCCUUGUUUUCCUCGUGUAAGAUACGUCACUGGUUGGCAUCAUUUAGACAGCUAACUCCUUUAGAGAAAUGUUUUUUGUUUUGUAUAUUUUAUUGUAAGAACAAACCUUUAGUAAAGGAGAUAUUUAGCAAGCCCAAACUGGUGCUAUCGUGGGUGCAAAGUGCUAAAUGUUAAGAUAUUUUAUUAAGGAGGAAAGCCUCUAGCGGUAGUCAGACUGCCAAUAAAAAACAAGCAUCUCUAUUCCUGUCUGCUGCAGGACAGCAUGGUAUGCUGGCUCUCCCGCGGUGCCAUACUCACCUUGUGAGGCGCUCCGUGGCAGUCCUAUUCGGGUGACUCAGGCAUUCUGACCCUCCCAGGCCAUGUGAUCGUGAUGUAGGGGCUCUGCCUGGGUUAUUUUAAUAAAUGAUUAAAUGUAUGUCUAAUACAUUUUAAUAAACAAUUAUUGAUGGGAAUUUUUUUUUAUUAUAUUAAUAUCAUUAUUAUUUAUGUUCACUUAAAAUCACCAUUUCACUGUCUUUCAAAAGUUCUGUGUUCCGUAUUUGGUAAUCUGAUUAAAUGAAUGUAGUUUGGCUGUUUUUGCCCUUUCCAUAUGGGAAUGUAUGUUGGAUAUUUGCCUCUGUCCGGCUUUAUUGUUAUUACAGGAAAUGUAAAAGGAAGAGGACCCAGAUGUUAAAGUGUUUAUUGUGUGCGCAGCCACACUGACCUCGCUUUGCACUGUCGAUUCCUUUCUUUGUUUGUCAGACACUUCUUAUCCCUCUUAUGUUUCAUUUCCAGCUAAAGGAUAUUGUGCAGGCAUCUCACGAUUGCUCUCACAAAGGGCCAAACUUCGGCAUACCUAGGCAGGUAUGUACACUGAAGUGCCUGAAGGCAUACAGAAGUGUGUCACAAAAAUUUUUGUUUUUCCUUUUCUGCUUUUGAAAUGAUUAGAGGCUUUAUGGGCCUGUCAUCAUGCUUUAAAUUGAACAAUAUAUGAUGUAGAGUUUAUAGUAAGGUCAUGAAAAGAAAGUUUAGAUAUGACUAACCAUUGUAUGAGUACCAUUCUCAUAUUGGUGCAGUGUUAAAACUGAAUGGAAGUAGGGAUCGACCGAUAUUGAUUUUUUAGAGCCGAUACCGAUAAUCUGUUAACUUUCAGGCCGAUAGCCGAUAUUCUGUACAUUUACCAUUUUGAAAAAAUAAACUAUUUCUAAAAGGUAAAGGCACAAAAUAUGAAAGCCACAUGCACUGGAUGCAGUGUGUUUAGACAGUGGAGCUGUGUAUAUAUAAUGAAUGCAGGGUGUGUUUGCGUAGUGUGUAUAGUUAAUGCAGUGACUGUGUAGUGUGUAUAUAAUGAAUGCAGAGUGUGUGUGUUUGUGUAGUGUGUGGUGUAUAAAGGGAUUGUAGUGUGUGUAAAGUGAAUGCAGUGUUUAGUGUGUAUAGCGAACGCAGUGUGUGUAUAGUGAAUGCAGUGUGUUUGUAUAGUGUGUGUGUGUGUAUAUAAUGAAUACAGUGUGUAGUGUGUGUAUAUAUAAAGCAGUGUUUGUAGUAUGGGUGUAUAUAUAAUGGGGGGGGUGUGUGUGUGUGUGUGUAUAUAUAUAUAUAUAUAUAUAUAUAUAUAUAUAUAUAUAUAUAUUAUGCAGUGUGUGUGUGUAAAUAAUGCAGUGUGUGUAUUAAACACACACACUUCAUUAUAUAGAAACACUGCAUUAUAUACACACACUAAACUAUAUAGACACACUACACUAUAUACACACUCUGUGUUAUAUACAGAGUGUGUAGUGUGUGUGUGUGUUUUCCUGAAGGGAUGUGAUUUGUGUAAAAUGGGGGGGACAUUUUUUUUAUUGAAAUUUUUAAUGUUUGUUUUAUUUUUUAAUAUUUAUGUUUUAAUUUUUAAUAUUUGUUUAUUUAAAUUUUUAAUAUUUAUGUUUAUUUUAUGCUUAUUUUUAAUAUUUAUGUUUUAUUAUUUUUGUUGUCCCCCCUCCCUGCUUGUUACCUGGUCAGGGAGUGGGGAUAUGACAGUCCCUGGUGGCCCAGUGGCAUUGGCUGAGCUGGGGGUGGGCGCAGGUAGCAUUUACUUACCUCCCCUGCAGCUCCUCCAGCUCUCAGUGUAAAUCUCGCGGCCCUUAGUGCCGUGCAGAGCGUUGCCAUGGUAACCCGUGGCAACGCUCUGAUGGCCGCGGGUCUCGCAAGACUUACACUGGGAGCUGGAGGAGCUGCAGGGGAGGUAAGUAAAUGCUACCUGCACCCCUCCCCCCCAGGAUCGCCGGGCUUGUAAUGAGCCUGGCGGUCCUAGGAGGUAUUAUCGGCAAUAUCGGUAUCUAUAUUGGCCGAUACCGAUAUUGCCGAAAAUACCGAAUAUCGGCCGAUUAUAUCGGUAAAACCGAUAAUCAGUCGAUCCCUAGAUGGAAGCAUAUUGCUUUAUUUCCUCACUAACCUUUACCUGCUUUUCUUUCCCUUCAGUUUUUCUUAUCCUGGAAUGGUGAAAGGCUGAGUUGGUGCUUUUGGGAAUUUGCACUAUGAUUAAAGGGAUACCAGAUCUACAAUGAUACCAUAAACUUAUAAAAUGUAUCAGAACAUUUAACUCCUUAAAGGACCACUAUAGUGCCAGGAAAACAUACUCGUUUUCCUGGCACUAUAGUGCCCUAAGGGUGUCCCCACCCUCAGGGUCCCCCUCCCUCCCGGCUCUGGAAAGGGGUUAAAACUUACCUUUUUCCAGCGCUGGGCGGAGAGCUCUCCUCCUCCGAUCCUCCUUCGUUACGCCCCGUCGGCUGAAUUCGCACGCGCGGCAAGAGCUGCGCACGCAUUCAGCCGGUCACAUAGGAAAGCAUUCAUAAUGCUUUCCUAUGGACGCUGGCGUGCUCUCACUGUGAAAAUCACAGUGAGAAGCACGCAAGCGCCUCUAGUGGCUGUCAAUGAGACAGCCACUAGAGGAUUAGGGGGAAGGCUUAACCCAUUUAAACAUAGCAGUUUCUCUGAAACUGCUAUGUUUAUUAAAAAAUGGGUUAACCCUAGCUGGACCUGGCACCCAGACCACUUCAUUAAGCUGAAGUGGUCUGGGUGCCUAGAGUGGUCCUUUAAGGACACAUCUUCAAAAGCUUCUCUUACCCUUAAGAAUACAAGCCAUUUUUGCUUUAUUUGCAGUUUGUGUUCAAACACAAUUUGCAUCUCUGUCAUUUAUUGCACCAACACAUAUUAUAUACCGUUUUUCAGAGGGCAAACAGAGUUUUAAUUUUAUGUCACAUAUACAUAGAUACAUGCUCAUUAAUUAUAAAAAAACACAAAAUGGGGGGGAAAAACAAACAAAUUUUUUUUCGCCGUUUUGGCAAUAAUAGCGCAUGCAUAAUAUGUCUAGCUUAGAAAAAGUAAUUCAAAAUAAAUUCAUUUGUGUCUUGAUUUAUAGAAUACAUAAUAUGUAUAGAAUUUCAGCUUAUUUUGAAAGUUACAGGUCACAAAAUACAAGGACUAAAAUAAAAUUUUAAUGUGAAACAAUUUUAGAAUUUGGUAUGUUUGUAGGUUUAGUAGCCACCACAGAAAAAAAAUUUGCCACACAAAAGUAUAUAUUUAUAUAAAGUAGACAUCAAAGGCUAUUUACUUAAGGUUAGUUUGACACUUUUUACGUAACCAUUUCAUCGCCAAUCUCUGCUAAAUAUUGGAGUAAGAUUGUGUUUUUUUCUCUAUUUUGGCAUAUACACAUAUAACAAAGUUUUUGUAGUGUGUAUUUCCUAAAGCUGGAGUAUGCUAUUCCUGCACAGAAAUAUUGUGUUUAGCUACAUCUGCUGAGUAUAACGAUACCCCCAUUGUAUACCUUUGGCACUUUUCUGUAAAGCUACAAUGCCAUAUAAGAGACAAGGCUAUUUCAGUUUCCAUUGUUAGAAUUUUCCUAGAUGGAUUUGAUGGGCCUAUGUCUCAUUUUAAGGUAUUAUAGCAGUGUGACUGUUCAAAUAACCCUACAAAGGGGUUUCAUUUGAUAAAGCAGAUACCCCAGGGUAUCUAUUAUGGUGUAUAUUAUGCCUUAAAGGACCACUAUAGGCACCCAGACCACUUCAGCUUAAUGUGCCAGGUCCAGCUAGGGUUAACCCUUGAGAAGACGCCAGCGUCCAUAGGAAAGCAUUAUAAAUGCUUUCCUAUGAGACUGGCUGCGCGCGCAGCUCCUGCUGCGCAUGCGCAUUCAGGAGGAGGAGAGCUCCCCGGCGCCCUCAGCGCCACGGGAGUGGGACCCUGAGGGUGGGGGCACCCUCAGGGCACUAGAGUGUCAGGAAAACAAGUAUGUUUUCCUGGCACUAUAGUGGUCCUUUAACUUGUCAACAUUUUUUUCACCAAUUUAUGUCAAUGUUUGUGGUGAGGGGGGAAAAAAAUUGCAUUUUUACAUAUAUGUUGCAUUUUUGCUGAGUAUAUUUCUUGCAUUUGAUAUGUACCACUGUCAUAAAAAUCCACAAAUUAUGCUCAGUUACAUCUUCUGAGUAAAACAAUAUGCCCACCGUGUGACCUAGACACUAUUUUGUGAAGUUACAGAGCUGUAAAAGAGACGUGACAAGUUCAGGUUUUUAAGUGUGAAUUUUCAUGGAGGGUUUUGAUGCGUACAAUUACACAGUUAAGGCAUACCAUUUCUUUUAAGAAGACAUCCCAGGGCAAUUCAAAAGGCAUAUUUUGAACCUUAGCGUGCGAUCAUUUUUCCGCUAGCUUGUACCAAAUGUAAUGGUAAUAAGCAUUUUUUUUCUGCCUUUUUGACACACAAAGUGAGUUUGCACAGUAUAUUUUGCAAACCUUAUGUGUGCUACGACUGUAUAAUACUACAUAUGUUGCUCAGCUAUGUCAGCUGAGUACAGCAAUACCCCCGUAUGUACCUUUGCCAGGUAUAAGUGGAUGAUGAAGGGGCACAUUUGAGACGCAGCCAUUCUGUGUUUUUUUUUUUCUAACUUUGAAGUUUUACGCUGUGUCCAUGUUCCAUUUUGGAGUAGAUUAGCUGGCUGGUUAUUCAAACUUCCCCACAAACACAUACUAUUUAUUAAAGAAUACACCACAGGGUAAUUCAAAAGGCAUAUUGUGAACCUUGGCAUGGGAUAAUUUUUUCGCUAGUAUCCAAGUGUAGUGGUAAGGAGCAUUUUUUUUAUUAUUAUUUUUUUUUUACUUUGUAAAACUUUUUUAUACUUUGUAAAACUCGUUUUUAAACUUUUUUUUUUUUUUACACUUUUAAAAUCUUUUAGAAACUUUUCUUUUACCGUUAACCCCUAAAUAGCAGUAAACAGCACUAACAGUAAAUUCCCCACUUUCCCAUAACUCCAACCCACCCCAGCUAGCAAAAUAUAUAAUUAUUAAAUAUUUAAAUUAAAUAAAUUAAACCCCUGAGGGUUAAAAAAUAAAUAAAAGUUUAAUCCUCAGGGGUUAAAAAAAAUUAGAUCAUAGGCAGUGAUCAACUGGCAGGGAAGGGGUUAAUUUUUAUUUGGACUGGGUAAAGGGGGGUGUUUUUUGUUUUUUCUCUUAAACAUUACUAAAACUUUUUUUUUAAAAAACUGUUUUUAACUUUUUGAAGCUUAUUUUAAAACUUUUUUUAACGUUAACCCCUAGUUAGCCUAACACCAAGUCCCCCAAUUCCCCACUAACUUCCACCCAUUCCAGCUAAAUAUAUAAUUUUUAAAUAUUUAAAUUAAUAAAUAAAAUAAAUUUUAACCCCUGAGGGUUAAAAAAAUAAAAUUAACCCUCAUGGGUUAAAAGAAAAUCAGAUGACCGUAAAAUGUAAUCCCUGCCAAUUGAUCACUGUAGUCAGUGAUCAAUUGGCAGGGAAGGGGUUAAUUUUAUUAAAGCAGGGGAAAGGGGGGGGUGGGAUUUAACUUUAAUUUAUUUUUAUUUUUUUACAGGGAGAAGAGUAUCAGCACUGAUCCGUCCCCCUGCACUUCACAGUAAACCCGGAAGCGCAGGGAGGCGGAUCGUGAGUCCCUGCAGCACAUGUGCUCGCUCUGACAGCCUGUCAGAGCGAUCACUGCUGCAGGGGCAACGUGAUCCGGUGCUCCCCGUCAGACUGGGUGAGCGUUAACACUGCGAUCGUCGCGAUCUGGAGUAAACUUUAGUAAGUGACGGAAAUCUUCCGUCAACGGUCCUUAACUUAAGGACAAGACUGACGGAAAAUUUCCGUCUCCGGUCGAGAAGGGGUUACUCUGGUAGUGGAUUAAGCACCAUAUUUUCUUUCUCUGAUAGAGGGAUAACCGGCUUAAGGUCUCCUGGAGCUGUAUCCCGUAUUUGCCAAAAGUAGGGAGCUUGUGUGUGGAGGUCACUUGGCAGCCAUUUUCCCUCUUUGUCUGACAGACUGAGCAUGGGGCACAUGUUCAUCAGGAAAUCCUCUAUUCUUCCAUUGUAUACAGCAAUUUUAUUCAAUGUGUAAAGGUUCUUGUAAUGAAUGCGAGUUUGGAGAACCCUGUUCUAGUUGAGGGGUCUAGUUAAAAAAAAAUGUUUUUUGGGGUUUUUUUUUUUAAACUGCUAAGUGCCUGCGAUUUGCAAACGUAUGUGUUAAUCAUCAGCUGUUUGAUCAUCCAUCUAGGAUCAUUAAAUGUUCUCAAUUGCUGUAAGUGCCUUUGCCUAGUUUGUGUUUUUCACAUAAAAGAAAAAGUAGGGAGGGGGGUAUAGCCAGAAAAUGACAGGAAUGUACGCAUGGCAGAAGAGCUCCGGAUCGAGGGCCCUAUUCCACUGUGAUAAGCCACAGUGCACUAAUUCUCUAAUAAGAAAGCUAAUAUGACCCAGAAACCCACAAGGUAGCCCAUGGACAAAUAGGCAUUCUUGGAAAAUGUAGGCAAACUCGGAGGACCCUCUUAGGCUGGCAACCAUGAGAUCCAUGCUCGAUGGCAUGGCAAGCAAAAUUAUAGCUGAAUUAGCUUCAUAUCGGAUCUGCUCAAAGACAUUCAGGAACUGGGAAAUGGAACUGCACACAUGCAGUCCAGAUUUCAAGCAUGCCACAAUAUCAAUGUACUACAUUUUUGGUGGUUCGGUCGACGUUGUGGCAGGCUUAUGCAAUGUGUGAUCAUAAACUAUAACUAAACCCCUAUUAUUGUUUCCCUAGUGAGAUGUUUUUAAAUAAAAAUUGCAUUCUGUGAUACUUGAAAUCAAAUGUGGGGGGCACAGCCUUGCUGGCAACCUCAAAAACAUGCCCACUGGCUGUACACUUUAUUUAGCUUGCCCAAAUGACAAACUCAAAAAUGAAUAUUUACUCACAUAACAUAAGGGGUUUAAAUACCCGUACAAAAAGCAAAUGAUUCUAAAGGGUGUCAAAAAAAAGACCUCAUAUUUGUGCAAGAAAUACCUUCUUUUAAAACCAAUCUUACAACGCUUUAUCCCCUGGAUUACCCUCCUCAAUACCAUGCUGCACCCACAACCAAAGCUAGAGGGUCAUCUUUAUUAGGAAAAAUGUUGCUUAUUUGCUAAUAAAAUUGGUGGUGUGCCCGAAUGGCCUUUUUUUUUUUUUUUUUUUUCCCUCUAGUUAUAGUAAGCACUAUAAACGACCUCACAUACACACUAAUAAAUAUAUACACUCCCAACGAAAGACACAUUUGGAGUGUACCCCAAACAAAUCUACUCCUUAUAAAUGAUUAACACUACAUAUGGUGCAUAUUGAACCCGAGGGCUGACAGUCUACAUAUGACUCCAACGUCCAUAACUCUUAUUCACGUAUAGAUGUUAUACUUAUGAAGGGAUCAAAUUUAGAACAAAUCGUUUGGUGCUCCAUUAGAAUCGAGGUGUGGUCAGACCAUUCACUGGUCAUAUUAGAAUCCAAUGACAAUAAUGACUUUAAAGGAAGGGCCAUAGAAACCAGGCCAUUUCCAUAAAAACCCCUCCCCUGACAUAUCCUCUUCAAUGCUGUGGCUGACCCACAAACCAUUCAUUAUGGGCUUAAAGGGUGAGCUUUCUUAAAGAGAAAUCAAAAACUCAAUAUUUGAAACUGACAACCUUCAAAGGCUAACUAGACACAACCAAGGUUCACCUUCUGUUGAGCUAGCAACCUAAAUUAGGGACAUUAAAAAAAAUGGAAGUGUCCAGUUUACAACAGGUGGGUUACCAAUUGAGGAAAGCCAAAGCAAAAUAUUAUGUACAAGGGAAUAGAGUAGGGGAAAUUUUUACUCCGCAGCUUAAAACUAAACCAGCACAAUUAAAAAUUCAACAUUUUCUGCAUCUGUCGAGACUAAAGGUUGUAAAACCCAAAGAUUAAUACUUAUUUAGAUAAAAUAAACCUGCCAUGCUUGUCCCCAGACCACCAAAAAGCCCAUUCUGACCCAUGAACUGAAGCCCCUAUAGGCCAGCCUCAAAGGCCACAGGCCUUUAAACACACCCUAACCCCACACCUCACUAAACUUUUUGAUGACAAAAUAAAACAUAACAUAAUCUACACCUGACAUACUCUCGGCCCACAUUAUUACCAUGCCAACAUUGGAUAAGCCUCUGACAAAAUGCCCACAUUUUUACCCCAUCUCGCUAUUCAAUACCAAUGCUAAACUAUUUCAAACUGACUGAAAGACAUUACCAAUGCUUAUUAAAAAUGACAAGGUCAGAUUUAUUAAAGCAAGGAUGGGAACAGACUCCACUAGGAACGUCCUACAUAUUCUCCAUUUGGAGCACUCGGAGUGCAGAAAGGAAAGCAGUUAAGGCUGGCUUGGAGCACUGGGAGUGCAGAAAGGAAAGCAGCAGGCUCGCUGAGAGCACUAGAGUGCAGAAAGGAGAGAGAAUUUUGUUUCUUUCUAGAAGGAAUGGAAGCCACAUGUUAACUGAGUGUGGAAUGCAGAGAUCUGACAAAGGCACUAGCUCAACUUUAUUCCUAUGCUGCUUGAGAAUUACAAGAGCAUCCAGAAGAUGGACGGGGACAUCCCAUUCAAAAGUCCCAUUGCGCUAUUCAUGGGAGCCAUAUGAUAUUACUUGGCUCCAGGCUUGUGAGUACAUGAUCUCUACGUAAUCCAUAUUAAUAUAUUUACAGACAAUAUUGCACUAUAUGGUUUUAUGUUUCUUUUUAGACGCAUCAAGACGUGUGAUCCACCAUUGUAUGUAUUAUACUUGGGUAACAGAGAAUGUAUGCUUAAUUUGGUUGCAGAUAACCGUUGAAUCUUCACUAAUUCAACCAUAAUGUUAUAAAUAAAUUUGCAAAGCACAAUACUAGAAUAUAGCAAACACUUAUAUUAUAAAGUAAACAUAACAAAAACACAAGCAAUGAGAAAACAAAUUAACAAACCAACUUCACUACAACUCCAAUCUAACUUCAGUUGUGACUGGAGACAGAAAUACUUGACGUUCCUAGGGAUAAAGUUGAUGGAAAAACCCAGAGGGACUUUUUAAACAUAACUAUAUAAGACUAAGUAGAGAAAUUACCUGACUAAUAAAUACUUGGCAAAACAAAAUAAUUUCUUGGGUUUAGAGAAUUUCAGCCAUAAAAAUGCUAAUCCUGCCUAACAAUUUAGAAGCCUGUUAAUUGGCAUACCGUACUUAAAACAUACCCAUUAAGUGAACACAAUGUGUUUGGAACAAGAAAAAAAAAACAGGAGGGUCUGUAAAGUCUUACAAAAAACUGUAUUGAAAGGCGGACUGGGGCUUCUGGACCUACAUACAUAUAGGUAGGCAAGCAUAUUAGAGGUGGUAGUGGUGGCCCAUCAGGACCAGAAUACACCGCAGCGUAUUCACUUUGAGUUCUCGAAUACACUUUAUCAAUUGUUACACUUAUUAUGCUUUUAUUAUUAUUGUUAUGCUAAGGACUACAGGCCGGUGAGGCAGGAUUGGCUUCCCAUUACUAGGGUGAUACUUGAAACUUUGGAUUUGCUGAUCACCAAGUAUCAGAGCCUCAAGCCAUUAUCCCUGGCAACACCUAUUAAAGCAAUAUAUGUUAUCCCAGAUUCAGCAUAUAAGGCCUGGGAGUCUAUCGGCAUCACACAUCUUUACAGCUUUUCAAUGUUGGCAAACUAAAAACCUUCUCUUACCUUACAUGCUAUCACACUGAAAAUGCAUUUUCAUUACAAACACAUGCAAUCCUUCCUGAAAUCACAAAAAAAAAAAAUUACAUUGGAAAAGAACGCCUGCCUCAGGGACUAACCACAUUGGAAAAGAUAUGUUUAGGUCUCCAACUGAACAAGUUGAGUUGUAUUAGGAUACCAAGAACUUAAAAACCCGAAAGACAUUAGAAGUUUACCCUUCGUGUCUUCAUUGGUAAAAGAACAAGGCUAUCAAGUAAACUACACACUGUGGUAGCAUUCAUUUCUGGCUAUGAGAGGGAUGGCCAUUUGUGCUACCCACAUGGAACUUAACAAGAAGGUACUCUAGAGGUGGUACCUAAUCCCAUCUACACUGCAACACCUUGGAGGUUCUGCCACAGAUGGAUGUUGGCGAUGUGAUGAAGAGAAGCAAACUAUGAUGUAUAUCGGGUGGAGUUGUGGGGCAGCACACAGGUGUGGAAGGGAGAUUAAUUGAGUUACAGGACCCUAUACCCACAGCAGCAGAAUUGCACUAUUUAUGAAGCUGCACACAAUUACCAAACUAGCUAGAAGGGUGAAGGUGCAUAUCCUAUUGGCUUUAUCUCUAAUGACAAGGUAUUGAGGUAUACAGAUCUGCCACAUGAAAGAUGGCAUAAUAGACCAAGUCUCCCUAAAUAACAAAUACAAAUUAAUGAUGGUAAAGCAAAAAACAGAAGAAUCUAAGGCAUUACAAUCUUGGAGAUGUAUAGUAAUUUUAUACACACCGAUUACUGGAAAACUACAUCUCUGAGCAGAAAGAGAAUGAGGAUCAUGGCUAAUGCAGAUCAAUGCCUAUGUGGAAUACCCCCUCCCACCCCUCCACCGUCCAAACCUUACUGAGUGGGUAAAUCGGUUUUCAUUAAAGAGAGUGCAUUUGGCAACAAAUAACACAUAGCACAGAAGUCAAACAAACAUAUGGUAAUCUUUCAUGUCAAUUCUGCUGUAAUUUAAAACAAAGUUUGUAUUUUAUGUUGCUGUAUACAGGGAGUGCAGAAUUAUUAGGCAAAUGAGUAUUUUGACCACAUCAUCCUCUUUAUGCAUGUUGUCUUACUCCAAGCUGUAUAGGCUCGAAAGCCUACUACCAAUUAAGCAUAUUAGGUGAUGUGCAUCUCUGUAAUGAGAAGGGGUGUGGUCUAAUGACAUCAACACCCUAUAUCAGGUGUGCAUAAUUAUUAGGCAACUUCCUUUCCUUUGGCAAAAUGGGUCAAAAGAAGGACUUGACAGGCUCAGAAAAGUCAAAAAUAGUGAGAUAUCUUGCAGAGGGAUGCAGCACUCUUAAAAUUGCAAAGCUUCUGAAGCGUGAUCAUCGAACAAUCAAGCGUUUCAUUCAAAAUAGUCAACAGGGUCGCAAGAAGCGUGUGGAAAAACCAAGGCGCAAAAUAACUGCCCAUGAACUGAGAAAAGUCAAGCGUGCAGCUGCCACGAUGCCACUUGCCACCAGUUUGGCCAUAUUUCAGAGCUGCAACAUCACUGAGUGCCCAAAAGCACAAGGUGUGCAAUACUCAGAGACAUGGCCAAGGUAAGAAAGGCUGAAAGACGACCACCACUGAACAAGACACACAAGCUGAAACGUCAAGACUGGGCCAAGAAAUAUCUCAAGACUGAUUUUCUAAGGUUUUAUGGACUGAUGAAAUGAGAGUGAGUCUUGAUGGGCCAGAUGGAUGGGCCCGUGGCUGGAUUGGUAAAGGGCAGAGAGCUCCAGUCCGACUCAGACGCCAGCAAGGUGGAGGUGGAGUACUGGUUUGGGCUGGUAUCAUCAAAGAUGAGCUUGUGGGGCCUUUUCGGGUUGAGGAUGGAGUCAAGCUCAACUCCCAGUCCUACUGCCAGUUCCUGGAAGACACCUUCUUCAAGCAGUGGUACAGGAAGAAGUCUGCAUCCUUCAAGAAAAACAUGAUUUUCAUGCAGGACAAUGCUCCAUCACACGCGUCCAAGUACUCCACAGCGUGGCUGGCAAGAAAGGGUAUAAAAGAAGAAAAUCUAAUGACAUGGCCUCCUUGUUCACCUGAUCUGAACCCCAUUGAGAACCUGUGGUCCAUCAUCAAAUGUGAGAUUUACAAGGAGGGAAAACAGUACACCUCUCUGAACAGUGUCUGGGAGGCUGUGGUUGCUGCUGCACGCAAUGUUGAUGGUGAACAGAUCAAAACACUGACGGAAUCCAUGGAUGGCAGGCUUUUGAGUGUCCUUGCAAAGAAAGGUGGCUAUAUUGGUCACUGAUUUGUUUUUGUUUUGUUUUGAAUGUCAGAAAUGUAUAUUUGUGAAUGUUGAGAUGUUAUAUUGGUUUCACUGGUAAUAAUAAAUAAUUGAAAUGGGUAUAUAUUUGUUUUUUGUUAAGUUGCCUAAUAAUUAUGCACAGUAAUAGUCACCUGCACACACAGAUAUCCCCCUAACAUAGCUAUAACUAAAACAAACUAAAAACUACUUCCAAAAAUAUUCAGCUUUGAUAUUAAUGAGUUUUUUGGGUUCAUUGAGAACAUGGUUGUUGUUCAAUAAUAAAAUUAAUCCUCAAAAAUACAACUUGCCUAAUAAUUCUGCACUCCCUGUAUGUGAACCUUAAUAAAUGUAAAAUUAGAGAGGGAAAAAAGUAAGUUGUACAAAACGAUCACUAAACUUUGAAUUACAGAGAGCUAUAUUACGUAUAUUGCUUGCUUUUAAUGUACCACUGUAUUUGGCAGUCUGUGCAAAACAUUGUUGGGCAUGAUCUAAUUUGGAUGAUAAAUGAUACUUACAGGGUUAUUCACUAUAGACUAUACCAGGAAUCGAAGUUCCAGGAGCUGAAGAGGCCUGGACGGAAGAGUAUUUCAUAAGGCACCCUGCUACAAUGUCUGCAAAUCAAUAGCUGACAUGGAAACCUUCUCCCAGUCGGCUAAGCUUUUAGUUCGGCUACGUUUGCCUUUAAUUUGAAAUAUACUUUGAAACCCCUACAAUUCUUACUUUAGUGACUAACCCUGCUGGUUUCCAAAAUCCUAUGUAUGAGACAUAGCAUAGUAUGGAAAGCACAUUUCUCGGUCCUCAUAAAUAUCUGUUACUAAAAUGACAAUUUUGUUUUUAUCUGGGUAACUGCUACCCAUGUGUACCAUGCUAAUAAUCUUCUCCAUGUUCUCUAUUUCCUUCCUAUCCCUCUACUUUUACCUUGGUAGUUUACAUUUUUUUUAGGUUACAAAAAAAGCCUUUAGCUGGAUUUAAUAUAGAUUUAAAGGAAUCCUAUACUGCCAGGAAAACAAACCCAUUUUCCUGGCACUAUAAGCUCCUGUAGUGCCCCCCUCCCGCAAGGCUGAUGGGGUUAAAACCCCUUCAGCCACUUACCUGAAUUCAGCGCCGAUGUCCCUUGGCGCUGGGCCACGCUCUGCCCACGCUCCUCCCCCGCAGACAGUAGCCAGCAGGGGAGACCCAAUGCAUAUGCGCGGCAAUAGCCACACGCACAUUAGACCUCUCUAUAGGAAAGCAUUAUUCAAUGCUUUCCUGUGGGGAAAAUCUGACACUGGUGGUCCUUGAGGGCGUCCGACAACGGACCAAAAGUCCAUUUAGAUUCCGGAAGCCCUCUAGUGGUUGUCUGAUAGACAGCCACAGAGGGCAGACUUAGAACUGCAGUGUAAACAUCUGACACUGGAUGAUGUGAGGACAUAAGGUCUGUUUCAAGUGGCUAUCUGGUAUACAGCCAGUAGAGACUGACUUAGUGUUGCAAUGUAAACAUUGCAGUUUCUCUGGAACUGCAAUGUUUAACAUUGCAGCACUAAGUGCAAAAGGGACACUGCACCCAAACCACUUCAAUGAACUGAAGUGGUCUGGGUGCCUACAGUGUCCCUUUAAUCUCACUGCUGACAUUUUAAAUUUGAACGUAUAUGCAAGCCAUUCAGCUGAAAGGGGAACAGUCACUUCUUUAGAAAUUACAGAAUUUAAUAAAACCUUCAAAAUCACCUAAAACUUGUGUUGACCUAUUUCAUCAGAUGCUUUGUUUUCAAAGUUUUAAGUUUAUUUUUAUUUAAAGUUCAACAAAAUAAAUCUCAAUCUAGUUGAGUCCAGGCACAGCCAUGGCACAUAUAACAAACAAAGAGAGAAAUUGAAACAUUCACAUUGUGAAUGCGUUCUCUGUGCGGAUUGCCAAAAUGCAGUUACCCAUGAAUGGUGUCUCAUUUUGGUCUACCAAUUAGAAUGUUACCCUUCACUUGUAUGAUAGAUGUCCUAAUCAAAAGCUGCUUAGAUCUGACCUCACAUAGAAGGAUCUGUUCACUAACUGCUGAAAUUGAUUCUGCAAAUUCAGCUCAUUUAGGUUCAACUGAUAACUUUUAUGUGAGCUUCAAUGAGGUCACAUUCUAAUCGUCCAAGAAGCCAACUGAUAUGACAUGUAGAUUUUGUGAUAGUGCCAAAGAGCUAGUUGAUCCAUUUAGUAUACACAUGUUCAAAUCACAGACUGUACAUUUUAGUUUUAUAUCUUUGCAUAAGAAAAAAGAAGUUUAGAAACUAAAACGGGCCGCAGCCAUGAAAGAUUGCCUUUGCAGUCACAGACAAUUUAACCAGAAUGUCAUGAAAAAUAUGCAAGCAAGGAAACAUAGUUCAGUUUUCAGACUCCCUUUCCAGUUGGCCCCUGUAGCAAUUGACCUGUUUUAUGGCACUACCUUUUAUGCCUAUGGAUAGGUUUUUGAACUUGCUACAAUUUUAAUAAUUUUUGUUUUAUUUAAUCAGCGAUUUCCUGAACUGAAAGUGACCACAAGCAGGAAAGGCCCAAUGGGGGAAUUUGUAUAGUCCUUUUGCAAAGCCAUACUUUGGCUUUAGGACUUCACCAAAUCCUAUGCAGAGUUUUAGUAUCAAAAUGGAAAAUGCAUAAAAGUACUUGCCAAGCUGGCACAUAUAAGUAAGUAAUAAAAAUAAAACAAUAUCCAAUAUAACAAGGCCACCUCAAACCAACAAAUCAGAAAUCUACAGACUUCUAUGGUCUCAACUUAUGUCAGCAUUCAUGCCUCUGCCAUUAUAAACACUGUGAAGAACUCACUCAAUAAAGGCUAAAACCCACUAAGCUCCCCCUGAUUAUCCCCCUCCUCCUUCACACCAUCACCCCCUCCUCCUCCUUCGCCCCAUCGCCCCACUCCUCCUUUGUACCAUCACCCCCUCCUUUGCACCAUCACCCCCCCUUUCCUCCUUCGCACCAUCACCUACCCUCCCUCUCACCAUCUUGCUUCAUAACCUCAAUAUCCGUUAUAAAACCAGGAAAAGGUGAGCAUGGAUGGUGAGAUGAUUCGAUGGUGCAAUGGGCCACUUGACUGGAUUUGCCCCCCCCCCCAAGGCAGGGGCGUUUUAGCCGCGAGGCAAACAAGGCAUUUGCCUUGGGCGGCAUUUUUCAGGGGGCGGCAAAAAACGCCGCCCCCCAAAUGCCUUGUUAGCUUUGUGGCUAACAGACAGGCCGGGCUGGCGAGGGAGCUCUUCCUCUGAGCAGUCCGCUCAGCUCCCUCGCGCGCUGCAGAGUGAGGCUGGGAGCCGGAAUAUGACGAGCUGAGCGGACCACUCAGAGGAAGAGCUCCCUCGCCAGCCGCCCGCCCGCCCAGUGCCGCCCGCAGCCACUGGACCACCGGGGAGAUAGAAACCCCCCCCCUCCCCCAGCAUUCCCAAAGGUAAGGAGGUGGGGGGGGGGUAAAUUAAAAAAAAAAUAUGUAUUAAUGUGUGUGUGUUUGUUAGUGUGUCUGUUAAUGUGUGUGUGUUUGCUAGUGUGUGAGUGUGUCUGCUAGUGAGUUAGUGUGUGUCUGACUGUGUCUGUUAGUGUGUGUGUGUGUCUGUUAGCGUGUGUAUGCGUAUCUGUCAGUGAAUGUGUGUGUGUGUGUGUACUUAGAAGGCGGGGCGGGGGGAAGGGUUAGGUGGGGCUGGUGUGCACACUUCCUUUCAGUCCCGCCGGAAACCGGAACCUGAAAUAGAAGUUCCUGGACCGCGGAGCGCGCUGUGAAGCCGGCCCACGCUCAAAGACAGGUAAGUAAUUCUUCACAUUCGCUCCAUAAGACGCACAGACAUUUCCCCUCACUUUUGAGGGGAAAAAAAGUGCGUCUUAUGGAGCGAAAAAUACGGUAAUUGAGUAAAACAUUGACAUACAUCUACAACUUGUAUUAGUAUUCACUUUUUUAUAUUUUGAAAAUGUCUAUUACCAAAAAAAAAAAAAACAUUUUAUCUAAUCUGCUUCUGCAUAUAUCCCCUCUGUCUGAAUCUGUUUUUGGUUGUUAGAGAUUUUUUCCUGAGUACUGUUUUUUACCCUGUAAAAUACACAAGGAUAUGUAGGGUCUUCUUUUCCUUCUAUAUAGCAGUUAGGUAGACAAAAUCUGACAAUGGGUGGGGCUUAAAGCAACAAUCUGUUUCAGUUGCCAAUCAAAUUUACCCAUAAGCAUCAGUAAAAUAAGUCCUGCAGAAGUGCAAACUUCAGACAUCAUGGGCAGAGAAGAACAAAAUUGAGAUCUGGCACAAAGAAGAAACGAUGAUAAAUAUAAAUGCAACUGGCAACAAGAGGGAACAUACAAGCAGGUGCAGGAGGCAUAAGGAAAGGAAAACCAAAAGGAGAAGAAAAACAUGACAGUGCAGUUUUUAAAGGACCACUCUAGGCACCCAGACCACGUCAGCUUAAUAUAGUGGUCUGGUUGCCAGGUCCAGCUAGGGUUAACCCAUUUUUUAAUAAACAUAGCAGUUUCAGAGAAACUGCCAUGUUUAUUAAUGGGUUAAGCCUUCCCCCUAAUCCUCUAGUGGCUGUCUCAUUGACAGCCACAAGAGGCGCUUGCGUGCUUCUCACUGUGAUUUUCACAGUGAGAGCACGCCAGCGUCCAUAGGAAAGCAUUAUGAAUGCUUUCCUAUGUGACCGGCUGAAUGCGCUCGCUGCUCUUGCCGCACGUGCGCAUUCAGCCGACGGGGCGGAACGAAGGAGGAGAGCUCUCUGCCCAGCGCUGGAAAAAGGUAAGUUUAAACCCCUUUCCAGAGCCAGGCAGGAGGGGGUCCCUGAGGGUGGGGGCACCCUCAGGGCACUAUAGUGCCAGGAAAACAAGUGUGUUUUCCUGGCAUUAUAGUGGUCCUUUAAAGAUUUAGCAAGUCGCUUAUCAAUACAGUUCAGCCAUUGAACAAAUGUUAUUGUAGGAUUAGAAAAUGUAACAUGGUUUAUACUGACAGAGAACUUCUAACUGGUUAUAGACAGCCAAGAUGGAGGCACUUGGUUGCAGGACAGAUCUAAAUACAACUUUGAAGAUUUAAAUGUAUUUUCAGACCACGCAAAGGCAUAUUUCUUAAAUAUAGUCGAUAGGUUCCCCUAUAAAAGAAGGUAUCUUCUGUAAAGGUUUGUCACGAUGUGGCCCAUUGGUGGCUGGUUUAUUCCUGUACGAUGCAUUUUCUUGUGCUAGCACUUGCCUGACUUCCCUGUUUUUAAUAAGCUGUAUUACAGCUCUUAGAGAAGAAUGGAAAAGCCACAUUUGUGCCUGCUGUUUCAGCACCGAGGUUUCUCAAUGAGAAGCCUCAUAUUAGAGUGUUCCGCAGAACAGCUUUUUAGUCUCUUUUAGGAAAGGUGGAGGGCUUGCAAAGGCAGCAGACGAGAGUCUGCUACUUUUGCAGGCUGUAUAGAUAUACCAGCAAUAGGAAAAAAACAUAAAUAAAUGCAUGUAUAUUUUUAUCUGGGUAUUUCUACCAAAUUCUUACUCAUUUCAAUGGAGUCUUUUUAAGAGUAAGGAUUUUAUAUACAAAAAGCAGACUUUUAGGUGCCUAUUGGGCUGAGCUAGUUUGAUGCAUUUUGUUUCAGAUUUUGAGCAGUGAGUGCUGUUUCAACAAGCAGAUCUGCUUUAAUCCCUUAAGGACACAGCUUCAGAAGCCUGACUUACGCUUAAUGACACAAGCAAUUUUUGCAUUUUCUUGCUGUUUGCGUUCAACUGCAAUUUGCAUCUCUCUCAUUUAUUGCACCGACACAUAUUAUAUACUGUUUUUAAAGGACAGAAAGGGCUUUAAUUUGAUAUAACAUAUAUAUAUAUAAAUGCUUACUUAUUAUAAAAAAAAUACAGAAAAAUGCAAAAAAAAUGAAAAAUAUUGUGUUUUUUUUUACAGUUUUUGCAAUAAUAAUGUGUGCAUAAUUAGUGCAGGUUAAGGAAAGUAAUUAAAAAUAAAUUUAUUUAUUUGUUCUGAUUUACAGAAUAUAUAAUGUGUCUGGGAUUUUAAGUUUUUUUUGGUAGUUACAGGUCACAAAGCACAAGGAGUAAAAUAAACUUUUAAUGUGGAGCGAUUUUAGAAUUUGGUAUGUUUGUCUUGUAAGCUUAAUAGCCAUAAAAGAAAACAAAAUUGCCACACAAAAGUAUAUAUUUAUAUAAAGUAGACAUCACGGGCUAUUUACCUAAGGUUGUUUUGACACUUUCUACGUAGCCAUUUCACCGCCAACCUCUGCUAAAUAUUGGAGUAAAAUUGUGUUCUUUUUGGUUUUUUGCACACAAACUUAUAACAGAGAAAUUCUCGUGUAUAUUUUGUAAAGUUAGUGUGUGCUAUUCCUGUACAAAGUUUUAUUUUGUGUUCAGUUACAUCUGCUGAGUAAAAUGACACCCCCAUUGUAUGUCUUUUGCACUAUUUCGUGAAGUUACAGUGCCAUACAGGAUACCUGUCCUUUUCAGUAUUCACAGUAGAAUUUUGAGAGAUGAAUUUAAUGAGCCUUAGCUUCCAUUUGGGGUAUUAUAACAGUUUGACUGUUCAAAAAAACCCCACAAAGGCCUACCAUUUGUAAAAGUAGACACUCCAGGGUAUCUUAUAAGGUGCAUAUUGUGCCUUAACAUGCCCCCAUUUUUUCACCAAUAUAUGACAAAGUAUGUGGUAAAAAAAAAUGUUGUGCAUUUUUUACAUACGGAUUGCAUUUUUGCUGGGCGUUUUGUAUAUUUCAUAUGUGCCACUAAGUUCAAAACCCCCAAAUUAUGCUCAGCUAAGUCUUCUGAGUAAAAUGACACCCCAUAUGAAUGUCUUUGGCACUAUUUCGUGAAGCUACAGUGCCAUAUAGGAGACCUGUCCUUUACAGUAUUCACAGUAGAAUUUUGAGAGAUGGAUUUAAUGAGCCUUAGCUUCCAUUUGGGGUAUUAUAACAGUUUGACUGUUCAAAACCCCCCCACAAAGGCCUACCAUUUGUAAAAGUAGACACUCCAGGGUAUCUCAUAAGGUGCAUAUUGUGCCUUAACAUACCCCCAUUUUUUCACCAAUAUAUGCCAAAGUAUGUGGUAAAAAAAUUAUUUUGUGCAUUUUUUACAUACGGAUUGCAUUUUUGCUGGGCGUUUUGUAUAUUUCAUAUGUGCCACUAAGUUCAAACCUCCCAAAUUAUGCUCAGCUAAGUCUUUUGAGUAAAAAUACACCCCCAAUGAAUGUCUUUGUCACUAUUUUGUGAAGCUACAGUGCCAUAUAGGAGACCAAGCCAUAUCCGUUUUUACCAAACUUUGAAUUUUGACGCUGGGCCUAUGUGCAAUUUCCAAGCAUCUUCGCAGGUUUUAAAUUCAAACUACCCCACAAAGGCCUACCAUUUCUUAAAGUAGACACCCCAGGGUGUUUCAAAAGGUAUAGUUUGAACCUUAGCGUGGGAUCAUUUUUCCGCUAGCUUGUACCAGAUGUAGUGGUAAUAAGCGUUUUUUCUGCCUUUUUGACAUACAAAGUGAGUUUGCACAGUAUAUUUUGCAAAACCUUAUGUGUGCUACGACUGUAUAAUACUUCAUAUGUUGCUCAGCUAUGUCGGCUGAGUACAGCAAUACCCCCGUAUGUACCUUUGCCAGGUAUGUGUGGACAUCGGAGGGGCACAUUUGGGACACAGCCAUUCCAGUUUUUUUCAAACUUUGAAUUUUUAUGCUGUGCCUAUGUCCCAUUUUAGAGUAUUUUACCAGGCUAUAUAAUCCAAAUUCCCCAUAAAGCCAUACCAUUUCUUAAAGAAGACAUCCCAGGGUAUUUCAAAAGGCAUAUUUUGAACCUUAGCGUGGGAUCAUUUUUCCGCUAGCUUGUACCAAGUGUAGUGGUAAUAAGCAUUUUUUCUGCCUUUUUGACAUACAAAGUGAGUUUGCGCAGCAUAUUUUGCAAACCUUAUGUGUACUAUGACUGUAUAAUACUUCAUAUGUUGCUCAGCUAUGUCGGCUGAGUACAGCAAUACCCCCGUAUGUACCUUUGCCAGGUAUAUGUGGAUGUUGAAGGGGCGCAUUUGAGACGCAGCCAUUCAGUUUUUUUCUAACUUUGAAGUUUUACGCUGUGUCCAUGUUCCAAUUUGGAAUAGUUUAGACGGUUGGUUAUUGAGACUUCCCCACAAACACAUACUAUUUAUUAAAGAAUACACCCUGAGGUAAUUCAAAAGGCAUAUUUUGAACCUUGGCGUGGGAUAAUUUUUUCUCUAGUUUGUUCCAGGUGUAGUGGUAAUGAGCGUUUUUAAAAUGUAUUUUUUUACUUUUUAUAACUUUUUUACUUUUAAAAACUAGUUUUUAAACUUUUGUUUUGCUUAUAAAUUUUUUUUAAACUUUCCUAAACUUUCUUAAAACUUUUUUACAGAUUUAACAUUUUUCUAAGCUAUUUUUUUUACUGUUAACCCCUAACUAGCAGUACGCAGCACUAACAGUAAAUUCCCCAUUUUCCCAUAACUCCCACCCACCCCAGCUAGCAAAAUAUAUAGUUAUAAAAUAUUUAAAUUAAUUAAUUAAAUAAAUUGAACCCCUGAGGGUUAAAAAAAAUAAAUAAAAGUUAAUCCUCAGGGGUUAAAAAAAAUUAGAUCACAGUAUAAUACUGUGAUCUCUAUUUGAUCGCUGUAGGCAGUGAUCGACUGGCAGGGAAGGGGUUAAUUUUUAUUUGGACUAGUUAAAGUGUGUUUUUUUGUUUUUAUUACUUAAAUGUUAUUAAAACAUUUUUUUAAGCUUAAUUUUUAACUUUUUAAAGUUUCUUUUAAAACUUUUUUUUAACGUUAACCCCUAGUUAGCCUAACGCCAAAUCCCCCAAUUCCCCACUAACUUCCACCUACCCCAGCUAUCUAAAUAUAUAAUUUAAAAAUAAUUUAAUUAAUUUAAUUAAUUUAACCCCUGAGGGUUAAAAAAAAAAAAGAAUUAACCCUCAGGGGUUAAAAAAAAAAAUCAGAUCAUAGUAAAAUGUAAUCCCUGCCAAUUGAUCACUGUAGUCAGUGAUCAAUUGGCAGGGAAGGGGUUAAUUUUUUAUUAAAAUGGGUAAGGGGGACUUUAAAUAAACUUUAUUUUUUUUUCAGCAGGGGGCAGGAUCAGCACUGAUCCGGCUCCCUGCACUUCACACAGAACCCGGAAGUGCAGGGAGCCGGUAGGUGAGUAUACAGAGCACAUGUGCUCGCUCUGACUUGUGGUCAGAGCGAGCACAUGUGCUGGGCAGCUUGACCGGGUGCUCCCGGUAUGCCUCUAAUGCAGAGGCAUACCGGGAGCACCAUUAACCCCGCGAUAGCGGCGAUCCGGGGUUAAUUUUACCGCGUGACGGACGAGGUCCGUCACCCGUCGUUAAGGGUCUCCCCUGUGUGACGGACCUCGUCCGUCACCCGUCCUGAAGGGGUUAAAAAUGAAAUUAAUAAAAAUACAAACCAUUUGUUGCCACAUUUUUCUUGAGUAUAUCUCAUCUCAGCUAUGUCAAUUCCCAUACAUUUCAACACUUCCCGUCUCUUGCCUCUUCCCUCUCGUACUUACUGAUUUACUCACACAUACACACAUCCAACUCCUGAAGCAUAGUGGAAGGGGCAAGGUGAUCAUAACUCUACUCCAUCUUAUAGUGCCUGAAGCCAAUACACAGGCCAUAAUUCCUAUACCACCAUUGAGAGUAAAAAUAUAAAUAGUGCAUGUCUAAGGCAUGAUGAUGGGACCACCUGUUCCUAAUGGCAGGGCUUGACAAAUUUGCUUGGAAUAUAGGAGCCAGCUAAAAAUGUUAGGAGCCAGUAUUUUUUUAUCUAACAGCUUCAUUUUCAGCGACAAAAAUAAAAUUCCUAAAGGAACACUAUUGUCACCAGAACCACUGCAGAUUAAUGUAGUUGUUCAGGUGGCUUUAGCCUAUCCCUUCAGGCUUUUCAAUGAAAACACUGCCUUUUCAGAGAAAAGACCGUGUUCACAUUGCUGCCUAGUAACACCUGUAGUCACUCAAACGGCCACUAGAGGUGAUUCCUAGUAUAGUGCUGCACAGUGACUCCACAUUCGGCAUAGAGUCGCUGAAUAUUCCCCAUAGAGAUGCAUUGCUUCAGUGCAUCUCUAAGAGGAGAUGCGGAUUAGUGCAUGCGCAAUCAACUCCCAAUGCUUUUCUAUGGGAAAGCAUUGGCUUGGCUGAGGUCAUCAAUAUUGAUUAGCACAGCCAUGAAGGUGGGUCCAGCCAUGGCAAGACCGUCAUGACUUUGGAAUAAAAAUGAGAGUAAAAUCGCCUUUCCCAUGCAAUCAGAGGGAGACCGGUGAAAGGGACACUGUAGGCACCCAGACCACUUCUUCUCAUUGAAUUGGUCUGGGUGCCUAUUCCCAUCACCUUUUAACCCUGCAAGUAUUUAUUUACCUUGCAGGGUUAAGUCCUUAUCUAGUGGCUGUCUACCACACAGCCACUAGAGGGACUUCUGGCUUCUUAGACGACUUUUAGUCGUCUAAAUGACGCUGGACUUCCUCAUGCUAUACCUUCCUAUGGAGAGGUCUAAUGCAGGUGCACACACGCGGCCAUUGCCACACAUGCGCAUUAGGUGUCCCACGUCGGUGGGAGAGGAGCGUGGGUGGAGCCUGACCCAGCGCCGAGGGACAUCGACGCUGGAUUCAGGUAAGUGUCUGAAGGGGUUUUAACCCCUUCAGUGCCAUGGGAUGGGAGACAGGAGGGAAGGGGCACUCCAGGAUCCUCUAAUGCCCGGAAAACGGGUUUGUUUUCCUGGCACUAGAGAAUCACUUUAAGCUAAACAGACAUUCCAUGACCGACACACUCACAUUCAUACACACCACUCAGAAGUUGCAUCUUUUUUUUUUUUUAUAAUUAUUUUAAUUGAAAUCCACUCAGCCUUCCUACCUUUGGAGAGCUGGAGUAGAUUGGCUUACCCUGGGAUCCACUGGGGCUGCUGUCAUCUCCCUGCUCUGCUCACUGUCGCGCAUUGUUUAGUAUGACGACAUAUUCCUGCUCCCGGCAUCACUGCAAGGAGGCAGAGCAGGGAGAUGACGGCUCUCUCCCUCAAAAUGCAGAUCCAUUGCACACAGCGGCCGCCUGCCCACCUCUGCUCUCUCACAACACUGGCUGGCCCGGCUCUGCUCUACCACAGCCGACUGCUUGCAUUCUCCCUCGCCGAUUCGGCUCGACAUGGUGACCUGGCUCCUGGGAUUUGUCGAGCUUUGGCUUAUGGUGCCAGUUGGGGAUAAUUAAACACCAGAGAGUGACAAUAAGCUGCACCCAUUCAUGUGCUGCCUUGAUCCAGUGGAUGUAGUAGGACCAACUUUGCUGAUACAUGCACAAACUAUAUAUGGGUCAAUGAAUGUUUGUGUUUUUGUUUUGUUUGUUUCUUUUAUCCAACAGGUUAUUUCCCUAAAGUGAGAAAAUAAAAAUACUUGAAUUGUAUUCAUAAUGCAUAGAAAAAUGUAAACUGUUUCAAACUGGUGUGUCCAUAAAGUUCUCCAAUGUGUGUUUUCUUUUCAAAUGCAAAUAAUCUAUAUCUGUAGUGGAGCAUAACUUUUCAUCUAUACAUUGUACUAGCAUUCUUGCUAGUUAAUGUAUAGUUUGGGAGAAAAACCUAUUUUAAAAUAGUUUGGUUUUCUCCCAGCUGUCAGUCAGUGCCUCAGCAGACCCUGAAUGCUGAAGCAUUGACGGACCAGGGAGAGCAGAAAAGACACAGGAGAUCCCUUUGCUCACCCAUGCAUAGAAACUGCAGCGCAUGUGCUAGAAGCGCCCGCUAGGGAGUAUAGUAGUGAUGGUCCAGAGGUUGGUGUCAGGUUAAGAGUACACCCACUGAGCGGUGCUGGAACCAAGGAAAGGUGAAUAAAUCUCUAUAUUUUACAUUGAAUACAUCAGAUUUCUUAGUGAUAUAUGAUCCAUUCAAUGUAUGUGGGAGCAUUGAAGGUGUUUCCUUUUUCUCUACAGGUUUACUUUAAGAUAUGCUAGCAGUGUUUAUCCGUUGAUAAGGGAAUGGGUUUUGUUUUGUUUUUUUAUGCCCUUGUGCUCUUCCUGAAUAGGAAAUUGCUAUACAACAUAUCAGGAAGUGAGACGGGCAGAGAAAUAUUUCUUCCGCAUUCUGUAAAACACCAUCAGUUUCAUCUUGGUGGUUUCAGGUGGAGGCUUUAAAAGGAACAUUACACUAAGUGUAGAGAACAUAAUGUUAUUUAAAUUUAAUUCUGUAUACCCAGACAUAAAAUAACAGGAGAAAAAAAGUGUGAUGGUUGUGUCAAAAUUUAAAAUGGUGCAAACCAAAAUACAGUGUGUGUGUGUGUGUGUGUGUGUGUAUAUAUAUAUAUAUACCGGUAUAUAUUGGACUGCAGAUUUUUCCUAAUGAUUCUCUAAAAGCAUUUGGACAAUGUCCAGCACCAACAAGGAAGUGCUGGGCACUAGAUCCUGUGAUUAUUAAUCAUGUGCUUUAAAAAAAAAAAAAAAAUGCCUUUUGGAAUUAGUUUCCCUUUAAAGACAAGCUUGGAAUGCAAAAUAUGCAAUCAAGCAAUGCAACAUUCAAUACAAAUGGGAGAAACCCUGAUAGCAAGCAUGGGUAUCGGGUGAAAGCCAACGGUGGCGGGGUGGGAGGUGGAAGUUGAGGGUCUGGCAUGCAAUAGCCGCAUGACUCCUUAUUUAUCUCACUAUUUGAGAAACACCACCUUGGUUCCCCACAAGCAUAGAUUGUUAACCAUUCUAUAGAUGCCUGUUUUAUGUUUUCAGUUAGAUUAGCAUGUCUCUUAUGCACACACGCACACAUACACAUUCUGACCUACUAGUGCAUAUGUAUUGAUACUCUGCUGACCUAUUUGGCCUCCUGUAUUUACUAGCCCAAGCUUGUGCACAAGUACUCGACUUUCAUAAAAAGAAGCAGUCAUGGGAGAAUGUAUCCCUGACAUUGUAUACAGCUUAUAUGCCUUUUUUUUUUUUUUUUGCUGUUAUAUCCAUUUUUCUUUCUGUACUGAAUUCACUGUGCUUCAAUAAAACAAAGAUUAACAAAAACUAAAAAUAGGAGGAAUAUAGCCCUAUUAGUUAAUGGCAUACUUCAAAAACAGAAUCCAACUAUCCAUAUAUAGAAACAUAGAAUGUGACGGCAGAUAAGAACCAUUCUAGUCUGCCCAUUUAAAAAAAAUACGUUUAUUAGUCCCUGGCCUUAUCCUAUAGCUAGGAUAGCCUUAUGCCUAUCCCACGCAUGCUUAAACUCCUUUACUGUGUUAACCUCUACCACUUCAGCUGGAAGGCUAUUCCAUGCAUCCACUACCCUCUCAGUAAAGUAAUACUUACUGAUAUUAUUUUUAAACCUUUGCCCCUCUAAUUUAAGACUAUGUCCUCUUGUUGUGGUAGUUUUUCUUCUUUUAAAUAUAGUCUCCUCCUUUACUGUGUUGAUUCCCUUUAUGUAUUUAAAUGUUUCUAUCAUGUCCCCCCUGUCUCGUCUUUCCUCCUAACUAUACAUAAAAAGAGAUUAUGAAACCAUGUUUUGACUUACCUGAGAUUAAAUCCAACAGGUUGUGCCAUCAAUAGCCUGUUGCCCUGAAAUGUUCAGUUUGUUUAUUUAAUUUUUUUUAAAUUCUUUAUUUUUUGAGUGCAGUGUUAAAUGUACAUUUCAACAUUAUCACAUGGCUUUAUAGAAAGAGUAACAAUAUGGCAGUUAGCGUCAUCAUGGUAUGCUGCACUUUUUUUGUUUUUUUGAGCACCCGUAAUAGCAAAUUAUAAACAGGCGUAUUAACAAACAAAAUGAUCAAAAUAAUCAUGUCUAGUCCGAGCUGGAGUUGCGUGUCUAACUGUAUGGACUUGCUAGACAGGUGAGUGAAAUUGAAGGUGUAGCUUAGAAUAUACAUGCACAAGCUUUGCGUUUGUAAUUCAGUUUAAGUGAGUAGCGAGAUGUUAGUAGCGUGCUGGUUUUCUGUUAACUUAGGCAUCCAUAUGUUGUGUGAUGGGUAGAGCUAUGCUGGGGUUUGGAUAUGUUGUGUGCAGAUAGGGUGUGUGUCUUCUAGUAGGUGGUUGUGUGCCUGUGUAGUGUCAGUCGUGUGGUUAACCCCUGAGCUGCCUAAGUGUGUGGAGUGUAGUUACCUGAACGCAUGCGUUAAUUGCUUAUGUGCAUAAGAUACAUCUGCCUUGUUUAAGAUGGGAACAUCGGGUUUCUAUGGCAGCAGUUCUAGAUGUGUGAAUGUCCGUGCUUGAUGUAUGUUGUGGGUUAUGUAUACUCUUGCGUAGGGUGGUGUAUCGCCUCCGUCCCGGGAAAUGACUCAAGUUAGUCUGUGUUUAGAGUGUCCAUCUUGGGAUGCUCAGCCAAUGCCUGUUAGCGGUUGGCAGGUAGUUUUAAAUGGCAUAAGUCCACUUUGGUAUAUGGGCUGGUUGGAUAGGCCGGCCUCUGCUGCCCUCUGUGUCAUGCUGGUGCUGGAGCCACCAUUAGGGCUGUAGGUGGCCUUGAUCAUUGGGCGAUGAACUAUUUGAGUCGUUGGUGCCCUUGGGCGGUGAGUGUAGGAAACCCUUGUGGUUCUCUGGGGCUGAGGGUGUGCGGGGCCUCCUGGUGCAGCGCCAUCUCUCUGAUGGAGCUGGAUGCUUGAGGGGGGAGUAUUGCAGGGGUAGCCUCCAGAUGAGUCCCUUUUGAGGGUUUGGGCGACUCACCCGUGGUCGAGCGUGGCGGUGUGGUAGCUUGUUUCGGGCUUCCCGCCUCCUCCCUGCUGCCCAGGUCCCUCUCGAGUUUCGUUUUGGUGUUGCGUGCAUCUGUUUGGGGUCUCUUGGGGCUGAUGCCGCUGACGCUUCCUCCGUGGUGACCCCUGCAGCUCGUGAUCUUGGCCCAGAAGCUUGGGAAUAGUCGGUUUAGCCUUUCCGACAGUGGGAGCAGGCAGGUCUCGGAUGUUGAGGCCCGCGUGGCUGCCGCCAUGUUGAUUGUCGCUGGCCCUGCGGCGUUGGUAAGCCGAGGUUGGUGCCUCCAUCUAAGGUUACAUGCUUUGGUUGCCUGGAUAUCCCUCACCGGCGGGGUGGGAGGAGGGGGUGGGAAGCGGUGUUCCGGGGAGACCUCCGGCAAUGUGGGCUGCAGUUGGCUGGGGGAUUGGCCGUCUCCCCUGUGCCUUCUGAGUAGGCCGCAGGUAGGCCUUAGGUCUCUCUCCCGGUCGCGGUUGCCUGUUUUGCUUUCAGGGUCUCGAUUUAUCUUCGUCUCCAUGUUGUACCAGUGUUGCUUGGGCUGAAAAUCAGUCUGUGUGGAGAUUUGUAGGUUUUUUUUUUUUUGGUUUUUUUUUAACAGGUUUUGUGCGGUUUUGCCCGGGGCUCAUCCACAGUGCAGCCGCUCUGUUCGGCGUUCAGACUCCGCCUCUCAGUUUGUUUAUUUUUAAUCCUAAAUUAUUGCCGUAUUAUAUUCCUUCAGCUGCAUUCACCACGGUGCUUUGUUUAAUUAAUAAAUUACUAGUUUUAUAGCUGAACAAUGCAGUAAUAAAGAGGGAUUGUGUGCACUGCGCUGUUAUAGGUUCCUUUUUGAUGAUCAUACCACCUUUUUGCCUUCUCACUUCUUAAAAAUGGAUUUCCAUCACACAUUCCUAAAGCCAUAUCGGUCAAACUAGGGGACCGUAUCUAUGACACUACCUACGAGGCCAGGGCACUACGCAAACAAGCGGGAGUAGCUAUACUCCUACAUAAACGCUGCCCAUUCACAGUGACACACAAACAGACCCAGAGGGCAGAUUCAUAGCCAUCACUGGCACUCCCUAUAACACCAAACUACAUAUCUUAAACAUAUACGCACCCAACAACCCAGAACGUGCCUAUUAGGAUACCAUAGCAUCCCUACUCACCACCCUGCAAGGGGGCAUACUGGUAGUGGGAGGAGACCUCAACGCUGUCCCGUGCCCAGCAAUCGACCGCAGCUCCAAACCGGGGACACAACGAUCUCAGGGCAGGGGGGGGGGACAAGACAAACUUCUACACUCCUUUCUCCAACACACCGGACUCGUAGACGCUUGAAGACUCCAACACCCAGACACAAAAGACUAUACAUACUACUCAGCUCCACACAACACAUAUUCCAGAAUAGACAAUAUACUCAACGGAGCAGGUAUGGCCAAACUCAUUCACUCAGAAAUAAACAGCAUCACAUGGUCAUACCACGCCGAUGACGCGAUCACAUUGGGGAACAUUCAAUACCACAACAACUGGACAUGGAGGCUCAACACCAACUUACUCACCGAUGAGGCAAUACUCACCACGACGCGACAGAAAAUCACAGACUAUUUUAGUACCAACGACACUAUGGGCAGCGCACAAAUCCGUGUUGAGGGGACAUCUCAUACAGGCAGCCAAACUCAAACAACACCACAAACAAAAUCCCUCCACCAACACAUACAACAAACUCCAAGGCAUACGACACUCAAUCAGAGAGCACACUAUAGCAGAAGUGACACGUUCCAUACUAUGGUCAAGGCGCAAGUUUUAUGAAAAAGCUAAUAAAAUGGACACAUUACUGGCACGAACACUUAGACCCAGACAGGGACACAAACCCAUCACAACGCUUCGUAACAACGCCAAUAAACUAGUUAACACCCCAAAAGACAUCGACGCCUUCACGGAAUACUUCCAGAAACUAUACAGCCACUCACCCCAGGAGGGCGACGCCCAGACCCAAUAUAUCACCCGCAUAGCUGACUUCCUAACUCACACAGACCUACCCAGGGUAACAACAGAGGAGACCAACACUCUAGAAGAAGAGGAGGUAGAAGCUGCGAUAUCCACCCUUAAGGGAAACAAAGCACCAGGACCUGACGGCUACAAUAUGGGCUAUUACAAAACAUUUAAGACGGAACUGACACCCCCCUCACCAAACUAUGUAACCACUUCCUCCAGGGGGGAACCCCAGACCGCGACAUGGCUACCGCCAACAUAAUCCUACUACCCAAACCCAACAAGGAUGCCACGCUUGCCACAAACUACAGACUUAUUUCCCUCAUCAACACUGACUUAAAAAUAUUCGCGAAAAUAUUAGCGAAGAGACUGACGCCUCUGCUGCCCAAAUUAAUACACCCAGAUCAGGUCAGUUUCAUGCCGGGACGCCAGUUAUAUGAAAAUACACGCAGAGGUGCAGACUUGAUGUGGCAUGUAUCAAACUCUAAGCUCUUGUCCUUUCCCUUGACGCUGAAAAGGCCUUUGAUAGAGUGCAAUGGCAUUUUCUGUUCAAUCUGCUCCAAACGCAAGGCUUCCCCGACCCCUACAUCACGGCAAUAAAGGCCCUAUACACAGACCUACAAGCACAAAACAUAAUAACAAGAGCACCAAAAUCCCCGUUCCGAGUGAGCAACGGAACGAGACAGGGAUGCCCACUUCUAUUCGCAAUCGUUUUAGAGCCGAUUCUGCACCUCAUUAGAGCCAACCCAAACAUAAAAGGGGUGCAAUUAGGGGAUGAACAAUUUAAAGUAGCAGCAUAUGCGGAUGAUAUACUCCUAACACUCACAGACCCGACCCUAUCAAUGGCAAAUCUAGAAAAGCUCCUGCAGGCAUAUGGGGACGUAUCAGGAUACAAAGUCAACCUUACAAAGUCAACAGCAUUAACAUUCCAUGUACCUGACCAGGAGACACAACACAUCAGACAUACCUACCAUAUCAAAACCAACACAGACACACUCACAUAUCUAGGCGUCAGACUCACAGCAGACCACAACACACUAUUCAAACAUAAUUAUACACCACUGAUCACGAAGCUCAAGACCGACUUGGAAAACUGGACGGACAAACCCAUCACAUGGCUAGGUCGCCUACACUCAAUAAAAAUGAACCUUCUGCCAAGAUUCCUAUUCCUAUUCCAAGCACUCCUGACUUGAGUUACCAAGAGCGACUUAGCUGACAUACAAAAGGCGGUAGACGCCUUUAUCUGGCAGAGAAAGCGGCCCAGAAUAGCCAAAACAAUACUAUAUAAUCCCAAAUGGAGAGGAGGCCUGGGAAUGCCCCACCUCCACCAUUAUUAUAUCGCAGCUCAAGUAGCCCAAAUAGCCCACUGGCACUGCCCCAAAAAUCAACGCCGAUGGGUCGACAUAGAAUCCCUCUUGACAGGCGCAGACCUCCCACAGUUCCUCAUAUGGACACCAAGAAAACCUAGAGUACUCUUACGGACCGAUUGCCCUGCCAUUCUAAACUCCAUCAGCUUAUGGGACCAAAUCGCACAGAAAUUUAAACUUACAAACCUCCCGUCCCCAAUGACCCCAGAGCAUUCCCACCGGGAAUUAGGGCAAGAGAUUUUAAAGGCAUAGAAGCCACAGGCCUACAACGCUACACUCACCUGUAUAUUGACAACCAACUAGUACCAUACCAACACUUACAAACCCUUGCCCCAUUAAAAACCCGCGACUUCCUCUGAUACAUCCAAUUGCGAGAUUUUGCACAAACCAAGGAGGUCAAAACGGCAAAUGCCAAACCCAUUACUUUCUUUGAACAAAUCUGCCUAAAAGAAAAAAUGCCAGUGAAAUUAAUCUCACUAUUAUACAACCACAUAUGCUUAGAAUCAGGAAUGUGGGGAACACAGACAUACACAGACAAAUGGGAAGCAGAUCUGGGUGAAACGUUAGAGGGGACAGACUGGCAAGAUAUAUGGGAGGCAAACGCAAAAGUGUCUAUAUGCACGACCCUCCAGGAACAAGCAUACAAAACAAUGCUACGGUGGUAUACAACCCCCGUUAAACAAUGGUACAUGCAACUAUGUCCCACAGACACCUGUUGGCGACUAUGUGGGGAAAAAGGCACAUACAUCCACAUGUGGUGGCACUGCACCAAAGUAAAAGAGUUUUGGGGAAAAAUAGUAUCAUGAACACUAGAAUCUUACACCGACGAGUAACACUGGACCUUUGGGCAUGUCUUCUAUCACGUCCGACGGAAGGACUAGACAAACAUGACCAAAGACUAAUGAAUAUGCUCAAUCUAGCAGCUCGAAGAGCAUUGGCACAAUACUGGAUAAAACCUGAGACACCCCCAAUCUCUCUAGUAAUUUCCAAAAUCAGGGAUAAUUAUUUAAUGGACAAGAUGACAGCAUAGGUCUGCAACACCACUACCACAUUCGAAAAGGUAUGGGCCCUUUGGGAACAAUAUGAUGAAAAAACACGAGACGAAUGAGCACCCACUCACAGACGACUACUCACUCGUGCAGAUUUAACUAUAUUUUCCUUCUCUUUUGUUAUUCUUUUGUAUAUAUUUUCCUGUACAUGUUAUGCAUAAAAUAAAAUAAAAACUUUGAUAGGCGAAAUGAAAACUGCGCGAUGGCGGCUUCUACGCAACCCACAUGGACUAUACCAACAAUAUAUAUUAUGUACGCUAAUAACCUAACCUUCCUUUCUGUAACAUGAUCAAAGCGAAAUCGGUGACUGGGCUUCUGCGUAAGCCGACAUUGAUGUCACACUAAAUGUCUGUCAAUGCAUAAAUAAAGAAUUUUUUUUUUAAAAAUGGAUUUCCCUGCUUCGUUUCCCACCCAACCCUUUAUAUUCCCUUUUCAUUUUCUUGUAUUUGUUUUCCUGUUAUGUCAAUUACCCUAUCUCCUUUAGUCUCUUCCCAUUUAUUUUUUUUCCUUAGUCCCUUUAUUGCACAUUUCCGCCUCUCCUCAUGCUAAUAUCCUUCAAACCGCUUCAAAGUACUAUGUAAAUAUUCAAUUUGUCCAUUUUGCAUGCUUCUGGACAUUCCUAAAAAUUUGAGAAAUGUCAAUACAAGAAAUCAAUGUUUAGACCUGUCUAAAAUGACUAUAUAGUAGAAUAUUUUAUUUGAGCUGGUGCAGACUCCUCCCCCUCAUAUGCAUCUGGACUACAUAUCCCAUCGUGCUCUGCCUGAGUAUCAUGGAAGGUGUGGUCCAUGUCAUUUGGAAAAUGGUUUGAGAAAAGUUAGCUAGCAGAACAUCAUCGGAGAUGUAAUCCAGCAUAGCAGAAGUUGCCUAAAUCAGAUUUAACACAUACAUAUUGAAAUUUGAACUAUGUGAGCCUUUUCAUUUGCCCAUUAUUUUGCCAGUAGAGCACAAAUCUGAAAAGCUUAGAUUACUUUAAACUGUUUACAUGUAUACCACCUACUAAAUUAUGUCUCUCCUAGUGUGACUUAGUGACUGGUGUACAUUCUGUCUGGCUGUGUAGCAACAUAAAUACUGUUUCCUACCCUGACCAUAUGGCUGGUUCCUUGCCAAAUGGUGAUAAUACAGCUGGGUAGUUGGUAGUUUGAGGAUGUGGGAAGUUUGUUCAACUUUCUUAUUAUAUGUCUGAGAAUAAAUUGACAAAGGCUGUGAGCUCUUUGUAUAACCAGUGCCUGGUUAAAUAUUACUUAAUGCAUUUUUUUGGGUUCAUGUGCUCCCAAGGGGGAUGGGGCAGUAUUUCCCAGCUUCUGUGCUAGGGCAUUGUAUGUCUGGUCGGUUGAAUGUCCGGUCAGAUGGAUGGAUUCUGUCUUUAAAGCUCUAUGAAUGGGUGAUGCUUUGUGUAUUAGGAACGCCUGCUUAUUACCAUGAAUGGUGUGACUGAUGAUGAAUAGAGGGAGGCGGCUGUGGUCACUGUAACUAUAAUUUAUUUUUUAUUUGGCUUUUCUUUGGAAAACCAGUGGUCAGUGAAGCUUCUACAAGCUUUCAGGAUAACUCAGUCCAUUUGUUUUGUUUUAUUGACUUUAUUCUUAUUUAAACCCUUUAGGACAUGAAUCACCCAACAUAUAAUUGUAUCGGUUUUUGCAGUUAUUUUGUUAUAUGAUUUGGGUUUAAUGCUUUACUGUUACUGAUACCACACUCUUUCCUGGUGUAUAGGAUAGCUAUUGAUAGCCAGGGAUACAGCUGUUUGAUGAUAACCCCUAUGAGCUUAUGGGACAUUAAAGGGAUGUUGGUUGUGGGGUUGCUCUGAGACUGUGAGUGUGUGAUGGGUUAAAUUCCCAUUGCGGGGUGGAGUGAUCAUCUCUCCAUAGUUUCUAUUCAUAGAGGAACAAAGGGAUGUGAUCCCAGUGUGUUGAGCACAAUCACUUGCAGCUCACAUAGCUCUGCUGUUCACUUGGAUGUUUUCGGGGCCCUUUUUGUGUGAACAAUAUGCCUACAGCCUUGCAUUUGUGUCAGAUUUUGGAAAAUGGUAUCUUCGUGAUGUAAGACUGGAGUUUAUCACUUCCACAGAGAAGAGAAGCAUUGACUGUAGGUACAGCUAUUCGUAUAAAGGGGAUUCUUUUAGAGGUUUACCCACGAGGGGACUGCUCCAAACAUCCAUGUGCAUAACUGAUGGAGUUUAGACUUUGGUUGUAAAAUGGAAAGGACUUUUAUUGUGACAGUGGGAUGUUGAUUUGGGAUUUACAUAAGUAGAACGUAUAACUGUCAUAUAUUCUAAGUUCAGCUAUUGCUGUGCAUUUAGCAUCAUGUUCCUUUGUUUUCUUCAUUAUUGCAUGUUUAUACAUAGAGUAAUCCUGUUCAGUAAACUCCCUGGCCUCUUGUGUCAGGAACUACUGGGUGGCGUUAAAAUGAAGGCUUCCUCUUUCUUAGCAGUAUUCUCAGGUGUCCCCUGUGAGCACUGUCAGGUGGAUGUGGUCCAUACGAUGCUAAAGGGUCACAGACUUUGCAGAUUAUUUCUUGGUGAACUCUGCAGGACAUUGCCUAGUGUCUGAGCCAGCUGCUUAUCGUUGUUUGAAGCCCAGCCAUGGAAUCCUAUUAUAGGGCUUACUUUGAGGCUUUCUGUGGCUGUCUUUUCCCUCUGCAGGGUCUCAAGAGAUAAGCUGCCUAGUAAUAAAGAGAUUUUCAGUGCAUUAAAUUAAACCUCCCCUGGGGACCGUCUGUCCAAAGCAGAUUUGUUGUUGUAUUUACAUUUGUUGUGCAGCUACUUAAUAUGAUACAUUAUCUGUUGUUUGCUACUGUAAAUAGUUUUUACAUUCAUUUAGUGAUGAACAGAUAACCGUAUUGCAUCCUUUUCAUGUUGCAUUCCUACUUACUCCAAUGCUAUAAGUAAUCGUACAGUCUGGACAGCAAAUAGAUGUCUUCUCAUAUAUUGUCUGCCAUGGGAUUUACCUUGCUUUUGCAUCUCAUGUUUUCCAGGAGAUAUAACUCAAAAGGGAUAUGAGAAGAAGAGAGCCAAAUUGCUUGCACGUUACAUCCCACUCAUUCAAGGUACAGUAUAUGGUCCUGUCACAGUAGGAAAGCACUGCUUGGGGUUCACAUAUUCUAUAUAGGAGUGCAGAAGUGACCCUGUAAGACUAGGCAUUGUAUUUCUCUAAAGAACUAUUGUACGGUUAUGAUCCAGCGGAAGAAAGGAGAAGACUUGCACUUGCUUGUUGCUUGAAAAAAAAACCAUUUUCUUAAUUAAGACUACUGGUGCCUAACUAUAUGCACCUCUUUCAUAUCUCUAAAAGACAAUCAGAUCAUCCAUUUCAUAGAUUCAUAUCUCUCCUGCAGACUGAUGGAUUUAUUUAGGCAGUUCUGAAAUAAAGCACUUCUUGAGGACCUUAGAAUCAUAUUUGCAAUGGAUCCUAAACAUUUUAAUUCUCUGUCUUAUGUUGGAGAGUUUUGUACAGAUUCAGACUGUGUAAAUAAAAAAUGCAUUUCAAGCCAUUAAAACAAAUAUUGUCCUUAAUAGGUUGGGCUAAAUUUUAAUUUGUGCAAAGCUUUGUGGUCACAUCGAUUCAUAAACGCCCCUGUCAUGGAUCUUUCUCCCCCCUCCCUUUGGUUAUCCCUUCCUUAUGCCCCGUGUAUCUUAAUGAUCAUACUCUCACCAUUUACGCUUGCCUUUAUUUAUAUGUAUUCCAUUUUCUUCCUUGUGUCAGAUCUUAAUAUCUUGUUGCAGCUAUUUUGUUCUCUCCUACCCAUUAUGUCUGCUCUUUGCCCUUCUGUGUGAUUUUACUGAUACAUUUUGGGUAAAUUCGAUUGGCGACUGAAACAGCUUAAAGGACCACUAUAUGCACCCAGACCACUUCAGCUCAAUUAAGUGGUCUGGGUGCCAGGUCCAUCUAGGGUUAACCCUGCAGCUGUAAACAUAGCAGUUUCAGAGAAACUGCUAUGUUUACAAUAGGGUUAAUCCAGCUUCUAGUGGCUGUCUCAUUGACAGCCGCUAGAGGCGCUUCCGCGCUUCUCACUGUGAUUUUUACAGUGAGAAGACGCCGGUGUCCAUAGGAAAGCAUUGACAAAUGCUUUCCUAUGGACUGACUAACUGCACGAGCGGAUUCAGCGGAUGACGUCGGAAGAGGGAGGAGAGUCCCUAGCGCAGAGGGAGCCCGGCACUGGUGAAAGGUAAGAAUUUAACCCCUUCGGCCUGGCAGGACGGGGACCUAGAGGGUGGGGGGGACCUAAAGACCCUCUAGAGCCAGGAAAACAAGUUUAUUUUCCUGGCACUAUAGUGGUCCUUUAAGGGACAACUGUCAUCAAGUCUUCAGUUCUCAUGCAUUUAGUGAAAGAAAGUGUUUUUUUUUUUCAUAUAUAUUGACUUCUUUUAGAAUAAUUCACUAUUAUUUUUUAUCUGGCCAAGCAGCCAUGGUUUUUCAGAAUCUGUCCAAAUGCUGUUCAGUCUAUCUUGCCUGCUGCUGCAGAUUAAAACAUAUGAAUCACAUCAUUGGCCUUUGUGUGAAUUCAUAGCAGUAGCAGUCAUCAUCUGUCAUGAAGGGGUUAAUAAAAAUUAUGAAUUUUCUUUCCUUGUAUAUAGGUUAAAGCAAGAACUAGUUUGCAAAAGUAGGCUUUCUUUGGAUUAUGAGGGCUGGAAAACAUGUUCUCCCAUAAGCAGAAGACGUUAUGCAUGUAAACUGCUAAAUUGAUAUAGAAAAAUUCUAUUCACGCAUAUCAUUUCUACUCUGUGCUAACAUUGAAUACAUUGGAGAGUUCUGCUUGAUUAUGGGAUAGUUGGUGCUUGUCCAGGUUGGAAUUAUUCAGCAUGCGUAGUUAGUGGGAGGUCUCAUCUUCCCUCUGGUUUGCCUUUCUGGGAGAUUCUAGCCACUCCGCUUGCUGAGUGAGUGUUUUUUUGCUUAGCUCUGAUCCCUGACCCAAUAUAUCAGCAAAACCAUGCAGAGUUUGCAUAUUCAUUCCUGUUCCAACCCCACCCAAGUGAACCCAGCUGAUUGUUCUCAAUUAUAGCUAGAGCUAUAUAAUCUCACAAGGGCUUCUCAGAUUUAUAUAAAGCACAGUUGCCAUCUACUGUCUAUUGCAGGGAAUAUUAAAACAUUUUAAUGCAUCUACUGGUUUACCAUUGUUUUUCCUGGUAGCAAUCUAAGGUCUUUGGUUAGAAGUACAGUUUAUGUGACCAAAUCUGUGCAGGCAAUAAAGAUUUAAAUUCCAGGCAUUUCAUAUUUGCACUCCAGGUCCAUUUCACAAAUUGUGCAUGAUGCGGAUAAUUGUGUUUCCAAUCAGCGAAGGGCUAAAGAUGGAUGGCACUCUAAACCAGAAUAUUUGCUAAAAAAUAGUUGUGUGUUCAUACUACUAGAUAAUAGAUAACAUUGCUAUAUUAUUUAAUAUUUUUGUCUGUAAUAAUAAAAUAUUAUUUAAAGGAGCACUACAGGGCCAGGAACAUGUAUUCCUGACCCUAUAGUGUUAAAACCACUAUCUAGCCCCCUUGGCCUCCCUAAAGAUAGUCAAAUCUUACUUGUAUUCAAGUCUGAAGCUCAUGCCUCUGCCUGUUAACUUCCUCUGACAUCAUCAGAAGUGGUGGCCUGAUCCAAUCAGAAUGCUUCCUCAUAGGAUUGGCUGAGACUGACAAAGAGGCAGAUCAGGGGCAGUGCCAGUAGAAUUCAAACAUAGCCCUGGCCAAUCAGCAUCUCCUCAUAGAGAUGAAUUGAAUCAAUGAAUCUCUAUGAGGAAAGUUCAGUGUCUGCAUGCAGAGGGAGGAGAUACUGAAUGUUUGGAUGCAUUUUAGGCAGCCAUGACCCAGGAAGGAUCUCUAGCAGCCAUCUGAGGAGUGGCCAGUGAAGUUAUCACUAGGCUGUAAUGUAAACACUGCUUUUUCUCUGAAAAGACAGGGUUUACAGCAAAAAGCCUGAAGGUAAUGAUUCUACUCACCAGAACAAAUUCAAUAAGCUGUAGUUGUUUUGUUGACUAUAGUGUCCCUUUAACAUGUAUAGCUUGGAGGAAAGAUGAGACAGGGGGGAUAUGAUAGAAACAUUUUAAAUAUAUAGGAGAAACAACACAGUAAAUGAGGAGACUAUAUUUAAAAGAAGAAAAACUAACACUACAAGAUGACAUGGUCUUAAAUUAGAGGGGCAAAGGGUUAAAAAUAUCAGGAUGUUUUACUGAGAGGGUAGUGGAAGCAUGAAAUAGUAUUACAGCUGAAGUGGUAGAGGUUAACACAGUGAAGGCUUUUAAGCAUGUGUGGGGUAGACAUAAGGUUAUCCUAGAUAUAAGGUAAAGCCAGGGACUAAUGAAAGGUUUUAGAAAAUUAGGCAGACUAGAUGUGACAAAUGGUUCUUAUCUGCCGUCAUAGUCUGUUUCUUUGUUUCUAAGAGUUUGGUUAAACAUAUCUGACUUGUUUCUUCUCCACCAUUGUUAAUCUUGUACAAACCUCAUUGCAGGAGUAGAUCCAUCCUUGCAAACGGAAAGCAAGCUUGCAGGAUCCUCACAAAUUACUUUAACCACAAACAAGCAACAAAGGUCCCGUUCCACCAGCUCACGGGAUGAGCGCUUUCGAUCGGGUAAGUGCACUCCAUAAAGUAAGUGCAUUUUUCCAUAAAGUAUAUUUUUCCAUAAAGUAAGAACAUGUAAUUGCAUCGUUUUUAGAGCAUUGCACCUUUGUGAUGUGGUGGUGUACAAAUUAAGUGUUCAUAUUUUCCACAGGUCUUCAGUUCUUACUAUUUAUUGAAUUGCCAUUUUUAUUUUGUUCUUGUUUUUAUGCACAUUGUGAGUUCUGACUUGUCUCAGACUUCUUAUCAGGCCAACAAUAUUCCCCUAAAAAUAUGAUGAAAUUCUCUUUCAAAGGGGCACUCCAGGCACACACACAUACUAGUUUUGUUUUCUGCUUUUUUUUCAUUCUUAAGGUGUUUUUAAAAAGUUAACUAACCAGUAUUCCUUUUUAAGCACACAUUUGUUUGCCCAUUUCUCCCAACCUGUACUUCAACAGGGAAGCCUAGACAGAACCAGGAGAAACCAGCAAGACAAAAAUCACAUAGGGCAAAGGAAAAAAACCUUACAAAAAGACACUCCAACCUGGAGUGUCCCUUUAUCCCUUAAGGACUGGGUUAUGUUCUGGUACUGGGCAUUUUAGGUGGGAUUUUUGGGGGUUUGCUUUUUACCUUCAAACUAUUUUUUCUAAUUUUGUCCUUGUGCAUUUUUUAUGUAGAUGUUCACACAGAAGCCGUACAAGCAGCUUUGGCCAAAUACAAGGAAAGGAAAAUGCCAAUGCCUUCCAAAAGACGUUCUGCCGUUCAGUCCUCUGUAGAGACUUACACUCCACCUGGUAACUAAACACUUUCACCUGUCCCAAAUAUGCAGAAUAAAUAGUGCAAACCCCAAUAAUUGGCCACCAUUUGAGUAAUUCAAUUCUUAUUGAACGUUGUUCGCUUCCUUCCCAAGAAAUGUUUUCUGCUCCCAACUUUCUUGAUGAUGUUUUUUUGUUUAAACUUUAUCAUUGCACAACUAUCAUGGUUAUUUUGCUCACAGACACCUCGUCAGCCUCGGAGGAUGAGGGCUCAUUGCUCCGUCAGGGACGCAUCACAUCCACUCCGCUCCAGGGUCAUUCUAACGUGGAGCCCUGGAUUAGCAGGGUAACCCAGGGCUCCUCCACCUCAUCAUCAGCAUCUUCCACCUCAUCUCACCCAGGAGCCAAGCCUGAUGCCUCCAAAAGCUGCUCUGUCACCGCAGCUGCCAACUUGCUAGCAGACCUCAUGGCACAUGCCCGGAUAGGUCAGUAUCAGGGCAUGUGCUGCCAAAAGUUACAACAUAAAUUAAGAACUUUCCUACGGGCUGACAUUUUGGUAGUUACAGGAUACCUGUUGGUAUGGUGCAUGGAGACUGGCUAAUCUUUAUUUUCAUUAUAUAUUUUAUUUCCAGAGCAAUCUAAAUUCUUGAGAGUCCAAUGUAAUCUUGGUGUUCAUGAUACUUUACACAUUACUUGGAAAUCUGCAGUGUAAAUUUUGUUCGGAAGGGUAACUUAUAGUCAUGAGCCAAUCUUGUCUCUUGUGUUUUGGGCAUUUGUGGUGUACACAAUGAAAUUAGCGACUACUAACUUAAAUUAAAAUUGUUAAUGUACUUAUUCUUAUUUUUUACGGACGGUUGAGCUAAGGAGGAAAAGUAGACAUUUUAAUGUUUUCUAUAGUUUGCAAGUGAAAUGGAAGCCCUAGCAAUCAUGGGCUGUUUAACACAUGAUCUUUAAACCAUUUUUUGGUUUGUUUGCUAAACAGGAAAGUGACCAAGGAUUGUAAACGAGUCAAAUUAGAAAGGCUCUUGCACUAUUCUAAUUUUGCAGCAAACUGGUUGAGGCACAUGACUACACUCAGUCUUCCUGAUCACCCACAAAUCUGCUCUGUCACACAGUGUUGGGAGGGCUGAUGUAGAGUGUAGUGCGAGUGCAUGUUUAACUGUACUCACACCAUAGCUCCUAUAAAAUACAAGGCAGUUUAUUAGUUACACAAACAAUGAAGCAGUGCUUUGCAUUUGGGCAGCCCCGACUGACUGCACAGCUAAGCAGUCUUUCACUGUGGUGCACUUACUUACAAAGAUUGCAUACACCCUUACAGACUGACAUUAUAUGGGCUCAAAAUUUCCACUUGCUCAAAUUGAUGUGUGAAAAUUCAGCCAUGACAAGUAGAAAUUCACCCCUGGUGAGUGUGUCAUUGUCCUUCCUGGCUAACUAGUAGCAUCAAACUUUAAUUUUUAAGUCUUGUUACAGGGACCUUUAACCACCCUUGUUGAAGUUGAUAUGGUGCCUGGAGACACUCUUACCUCAAGGGGUUAAACUAUUCUUGAACAGUUUAACCCCAAAGUGGCCUCCAGCAGCAAUGUCCCAAAUCAUUAAACUGGCUUGGAAAGAAAUGUACCUUUGCCAAGCAAGUUUUGUGAAUGGGGAGUUACUGAUUGGCUGAGAGCAUCAGCCGACCACUCUCAGCCAAUUAUAAGUGUCCCUGCCCAGCAGCACUUAGCGUUUCCUGAAUCUGAACAUUCAGAAGGCAGAGUAGGAGUGGAAUUUUGAGAUAAACUAUUCAAGAACAGUUUACUCUUUUAGGCUAGGGGUGCCUCCAGGGACCUUCUGGCACCAUAACAACUUAAUUUAGAUGAAGUUGUUUUGAUGCCUGGAGUGUCCCUUUAAAGAUGAUGCUAAAUGUUUCAAGGUCACACCCACCUUUUACUGUGCCCUUUGCUUUCUAGUUAAGAUCUUCCAAACUGGGCAGGUGUGUUACAGCUUAGUAAUUUCUUACAGUUUCUUGUUUAUGGAAUAAACCUCAUAUGAGUAUUUGUAGGGCACCACACUUGGCAUGUUUAUUGCCCCCACUUAUGAUUAUUACUUGUUUACCGUAACAUGUCUGUGUACCAAGUGUAGGGACUAAAAUGUCAGGAGUUGAAGAAGAUGCAGCUUUCCUAGUCAGUUCUCAUUCCAAUGCACUAUAAAUGUAUUUCCUUGUGUACACUUCUUAUUGGGGAACCAAUGCUUUAUUGAGAAAUGCUAUUCGUAUAUUAGACUGUGGUACUUUGUAUGUUACUGUGCAAUAUAAUAAGUUUGUAUUUGUGUUUCUCUAGUUGUGUGAUGCACUCUUUCAAAUAUUUAACUAACCAUGGAGAAAUACUGACAAAGGAUUUUUACGUUUUAAGCUUAAAUAGCUAAUUUAGAGGAAAAAAACUCCAACUUGCCCAUUUUAGCCUUAAAAGUCCAGUUCCCUCAGUGCUUAACAAUUGUAGUUUAGUAAAACAAAAACACAUAUGAAACCAGCAUUUUAUUAAAGAACAAUAUAUAUGUAUUUGUAUGUCUGCCCAAAGGGAGUUUUUAUUUUCAUUAUCUGACUUAUGUUUAUUUUAUUUUUUUUCCUCCUUCUUAAUAACCAGAAAGUAUUUCAGCACCACCGGAUGUAACCACUGGGCUCAUAGGACAUCCACAUCAUGAGCGCCCACAGGUUGCCUCUGUGCGUGGUGUGCCGAGGGGAUUCAAUAGUAGCAUCUUGGAAACCGCAAAUGGUGUGUUAAGUAUAAACCUUCCCUUUGUGUAGACAUACUAGAAUGCAAUGUAUGCUAGGUUUUGAAACUCUGCUCAUUGUCCAUCCAGGGGUGCCAGUGAACAGCAGAGUAUCUUCCAAGAUUCAACAACUCCUCAACACUCUAAAAAGGCCGAAGCGUCCACCUCUCAGAGAGUUCUUUGUGGAUGAUUUUGAGGAGCUUCUUGAAGGUAUGUUCUAAACAGUAUUUAGGUUCCAUUGUGUUUAUCUAGGAUAAAUUAAGCACUUUGUUCUUCUCACCUUACAUUUUAAAUGUCCUUAUGUAGUCCAGCAGCCUGAUCCCAACCAGCCAAAAGUAGAGGGCACGGAGAUGGCUCUGCUCAAAGGAGAACCCAUCGGAGUUGUAUCUAACUGGCCUCCUUCAUUGCUUACUGCUCUCCAACGCUGGGGUACUACACAGCCAAAAGCUCCGUGUCUGACAUCUCUAGAUACUACCGGAAAAGCCGUGUACACACUCACCUAUGGUAAAUCCUACAUGUUUUACAAUAUCUGCCCUAAACCAUUUACCAUAAAAGGUCCAUGAGGACAAGAUUGAGAACCACAGCCCAAUACUUCCUCUGGAAGAACUGCUAAUGUAAUUUUUGUUUUCUCCACUCAGGCAAGUUAUGGAGUCGGAGUGUUAAACUUGCAUACACUCUCCUAAACAAGAUGACCAAUAAAAGUGAGCCAAUGCUCAAACCAGGAGACCGGGUAUGUAAUGCUGUGCAUGUGCAAGGAAUACUGAGGCUUGACAUUAGGGUACCCGCCCAGAGAAAAUUACCUUGUAAGAGUUACAAAAAUGUGAUAUAUAAAAUGUGGUUUGGUUUUUUUUAGUUUUUUUUUUUUUUAGUGAAAUCUGGCUGUAUUCAGAGAUUGUCAUGAUGUUUUCUUCUAAUAUAGAACAAGCUAACAAAAACACAGACAAAUGUACAGUGAGGGAAAAAAGUAUUUGAUCCAGUGGUGAUUUUGAACAUUUGCCCACUGACAAAAAAAUGAUUAGUCUAUAAUUUUAAUGGUAGGUGUAUUUUAACAGUGAGAGACAGAAUAACAAAAAAAAUCCAGAAAAAACGCAUGUCAAUGAGUGAAAUAAGUAUUUGACCCCUUUGACUUAGUACUUGGUGGCAAAACCCUUGUUGGCAAUCACAGAGGUCACAUGUUUCUUGUAGUUGGCCACCAGUUUGGCACACAUCUCAGGAGGGAUUUUGUCACACUCCUCUUUGCAGAUCCUUUCUAAGUCAUUAAGGUUUCGAUGCUGACGUUUUGGCAACUCAAACCUUCAGCUCCCUCCACAGAUUUUCUAUAGGAUUGAGGUCUGGAGACUGGCAAGGCAACUCCAGGACCUUGAGGUGUUUCUUCUUGAGCCACUCCUUUGUUGCCUUGGCUGUGUGUUUUGGUUCAUUGUCAUGCUGGAAUACUCAUCCACGACCCAUUUUCAAUGCCCUGGCUGAGGGAAGGAGGUUCUCACCCAAGAUUUUACAGUACAUGGCCCGUCCAUCAUCCCGUUGAUGCGGUGCAGUUGUCCUGUCCCCUUUGCAGAAAAACACCACCAAAACAUAAUGUUUCCUCCUCCAUGUUUGAGGGUGGUUAUGUUCUUGGGGUCAUAGGCAGCAUUCCUCCUCCUCCUCCUCCUCCAAACUUGUUGAGUUGAUGCCAAAGAACUCGAUUUUAGUCUCAUGUGACCACAACACUUUCACCCAGUUCUCCUCUGAAUCAUUCAGAUGUUCAUUGACAAACUUCAGACGGCCUGUACAUGUGCAGGGGGACAUUGCGGGCACUGCAGGAUUCCAGUCCUUCACGGCAUAGUGUUACCAAUUUUUUUUUCUUGGUGACUAUGGUCCCAACUGCCUUGAGAUCUUUAACAAGAUCCUCCUGUGUAGUUCUGGGCUUUUUCCUCACCGUUCUCAUGAUCCUUGAAGCUCCACGAGGUGAGAUCUUGCAUGGAGCACCAGACCAAGGGAGACUGACAGUUAUUUUAGGUUUCUUCCAUUUGUGAAUAAUUGCACCAACUGUUGUCACCUUCUCCCCCAAGCUGCUUGGCGAUGGUCUUGUAGCCCAUUCCAGCCUUUUGUAGGUCUACAAUCUUGUCCCUGACAUCCUUGGACAGCUCUCUGGUAUUGGCUAUGAUGGAGAGUUUGAAAUCUGAUUGAUGAUUGCUUCUGUGGACAGGUGUCUUUUAUACAGGUAACGCGCUGAGAUUAGGAGCACUCCCUUUAAGAAAGUGCUCCUAAUCUCAGUUCGUUACUGGGAGCCAGUAAUCUUGCUGAUUGAUAGGGGAUCAAAUACUUAUGUCACUCAUUGACAUGCAAAUCAAUUUGUAACUUUUUUGACAUCCGGUUUUCUGGAUUUUUUGUUGUUGUUGUUAUUCUGUCUCUCACUGUUAAAAUACAUCUACCAUUAAAAUUGUACACUGAUCAUUUCUUUGUCAUUGGACAAACAUUCAAAAUCAGCAGGGGAUCAAACACUUAUUUUUCCUCAAUGUACUUAUAGAGACUUAAACAGGAGACAGGCAAGACAAUUUGUCCUUGGUUUAGUGUGUGCCUGGACUCACUCCACACACCCCUUGUGCUUGCCUAUGAUGCUUGAUACAGUAAUUACUUACACUUACAUGGUUAUUCAAUAAAGUGAGAAUUCAAAGUGAGUUUUAAUUUAAAGUAAAAAUAGCCAAACUGGAAAAUUAGUCUGCUAUGCUUCCAGUUCAACUACUAUGACCUUAAAUUUAAAUCUCACUUUAGUGAAUAACCCUUAUAGAGUAGUCUAUAAAAUAGAUGUGUGUGUUUGUACAUUAUGACUAUUUAUUGCUGUAUUUUAUUUUUUUGUGGUGUUUUGCUUCUGCUUCACGAUAUGACCGCCUUUUUAUUUUCACUACUACCCUACUUUUUAUGAAUGUGCUGAUAUUAAGCUGAAAUGUGUGCAUUUUAUUUCAAUGUGUUUCUUUGUUGUUUAGAAAAUAACCCCUAUUUAUGCUACACUGGGCAGUUCCUUGAACCAAUAAACACUAAGGAAUGAUGUAGCAGUGGGACGUUUACCUCUGCUGCAUAUUCACUAGUGAUAUUUUUUAAAAAUAAACAGCACAACCGCACAGCACAAAUCUCACAACUUACAGUUCAUUUUAAUUCACAGCAACCAUACAUUGAUUGAUCUGCUGUAACUUGACUUGUCCUAUUACUAAAAUUAAAGAUGUAACAUUGUAUUGCCUAAUUUAAGUAUUGUGUAAUUUGUUUUCUUUUUCUUUUCUUUUCAGGUGGCUCUUGUGUUUCCUAACAGUGAUCCUGUGAUGUUUAUGGUAGCAUUUUAUGGCUGCCUCCUUUCUGACUUUAUUCCUGUACCCAUAGAAGUGCCAUUGACCAGAAAGGUAAUGUCAUGAACAAUUUUUUUGGUCAUAUUCAUUUGAAAAUCUGCAGAUCAUCAUUGAAUUAAACUUUUCAUGUUGUCCCAUCCUAUAGGAUGCUGGAAGCCAGCAGAUUGGUUUUCUUUUGGGAAGUUGUGGGGUGUCUCUGGCUCUUACAACAGAUGCAUGUCAGAAGGGACUUCCAAAAUCUCAGACCGGUGACGUGGUGUCAUUCAAAGGUGAGAACCAGCCCAUGUGUCAGUCAUAUAGAAAUAAAGUUAGCUUCUCUUGGAACGUUCAACUCUGCUGGUGGCAUUAAUCGCAAACGUCUUUAGUAGCUAGGAGAAAUCGCCAAAUUUAUUGGGCUUUGCGGAAGUAGAUGUAUUCUGCCAGUAUUAAAGGAAAAAAUCUGGGUGGCGUGUGUGUCUGUAUUCUGAAUCCUUUUUCUGUUUGCAGGAUGGCCUCGCCUAAACUGGUUUGUUAUUGAUGGAAAACACUUAAUGAAGCCUCCCAAGGAUUGGGCACCCCACAUCAGAGAUGCCAGCAGUGAUGCAGCUUAUAUAGAGGUGAGCUGUGUGGAGACUUGUAACAAAUCCUGCUAAAAUAAAUCUCUUUAACCCCUUCCCGAACAUAUAUACGAAAUAAAAACGUGUGUGUAUGUAUGUGUGUGUGUGUGUGUGUGUGUGUGUGUAUAUGUAUAUAUAUAUAUAUAUAUAUAUAUAUAUACACACAUACUGUAGUUAAAAUAUAUAUACACACACAAAUAUAUUAAAUUAAAUAAAAUGCUUUUAUUUAUUUAUAUUUUAUAUAGAUUACUUGCGCGUGUGUGUGUGUGUAUAUAUAUAUAUAUAUAUUUAUGUCCCAUUGUACAGCACGACGGAAUUUGAUGGCACUAUAUAAAUAAUAAAAUUCUAUAUACAUACAUACAUACACACACACACGUAUAUAUAUGUGUUAUAUACACACGUAAUAUGUGUGUGUUUGUAUAUAUGUGUGUGUGUGUGUGUGUGUAUAUAUAUAUGUAUAAAAAAAUAUAUAAUAUAAUAUAAUAUAAUAUAAUAUAUAUAUAUAUAUAUAUAUAUAUAUAUAUAUAUAUAUAAAAAUAACAAAAUAGUUCCUGCACUCAAGCUAACACAUCCUUACGUGACCGGGUGCCAGCUCUAUAUAGCUAGUGUAUCCAAGAAAAACCAAGUAGAUGGCUGCACUCACGGUUCUGUAUAAAAGUCCAAAAUUUAUUGAAGAUACAUAUAAAACUUCUAAGAGGACUUUCUUCAGGAUCAUAAAAGCAAGAAUCAAACAUGCAGCGUUUUUAUAUAAGACAUAAUUAGUAAAAAAUUAAGUGAAUAAGCUUACCCCAGGUAAACAUUGCCGUCUGACUGGCGUCCCUGUGUCUCCAGUGCGCAUGUGCAAGUAUGUUCCGCCCAACUUAGUGACGUCAUAAUGCGCCGACGUGACCGUCCGUUACCAUAGCGACGCAAGCGUGCAAAACGUCGCUAUGGAAAUAAAGUAAAACGGACAUAUGGAACAUGUGUGUAUGUAAAGGCACCGUGAUUAAAAUAAUCAGUAUGGCUGAUAACUAUUAUAUCAAGUGUAUUCAAUUAAGUGAAAGAGCAAAAUACUGGUAUUACUGUAGGGAAUAAUUAAUGAUUAUCCUACAUUGUAAUAUUAUAGCUAAGUGUCAUUAAAUCGAUUAAUAAAACCUGAAUUAAUAUAAAGUGCAAUGUAAAAGUGAAGUGUUGAAGAAAACUUCCGUUAUAACACCAAAUGAGAAUAGUGAAGAAGUACUUAUAAAGCAUAUGAAUGCUGUGUUUAAAGUGACAACUGUGCUGUAAAAGUGCUAAAUAGUGCUUUAAAAGUGACAAAGUGAUGAAAAUGCUAAAUAUAUACUACAAAUAUAUUGUGAGCAAUGCAUAAUCUUUAAAUAUUAAUGAAAGACUAACUAUAUACGAAUUCUACAAAAAAGCCACACUUAUUGAUAUACACAUUAAAAAUAAAUCUGAGGUAUACAUGUUAUAGAUUUAAACAAAGUUGAAAAUUUACAAAAUAGUAUAUAUAAAGUUGAACACUACACUGUUAACUAAUGUAAUUACACUAAUUGUAUAGUGCGUUGAAUCACUACUCACGAUAUCUCAGACUAUAUCAUUAAAACCAUAAAUUAAAAUUAUAUGACAAGCUGAAGCACUAUUUUAGUUAGACUACUAAAUUGAUAAAUAUUCACUGAGCCAAUUUCCUCAAAUACAUAGAAGCAAAAAAAUAGAAGCAAAAAAAUUGCAAGAAAUGCCUGCAAAAAACAUUGUAUACUAAUUAUAGAAAAACAAUUUUUUCUUAAAAAUUUUUUUUUAAAACAGACAUACAUCCUGAAUAAAGAUUGUGCCCGUUUCUUUCAGAAGACAUUUAGUGGGCUGUUAGGAAAACUAUUUUUACUACAUCUCAACAGUAGAGGAUGAAAAGUCCUGCCAAAAAGAGUACUAUAAAAAAGAAUGGAACGAAAUAUGUUAUUUUAACAUUAACAUUUAACAUUAAAUGAACAUAUUUCUUUCCAUUCUUUUUUAUAGUACUCUUUUUGGCAGGACUUUUCAUCGUCUACUGUUGAGAUGUAGUAAAAAUAGCACUAUUUAGCACUUUUACAGCACAGUUGUCACUUUAAACACAGCAUUAAUAUGCUAUAUAAGUACUUCUUCACUAUUCUCAUUUGGUGUUAUAACGGAAGUUUUCUUCAACACUUCACUUUUACAUUGCACUUUAUAUUAAUUCAGGUUUUAUUAAUCGAUUUAAUGACACUUAGCUAUAAUAUUACAAUGUAGGAUAAUCAUUAAUUAUUCCCUACAGUAAUACCAGUAUUUUGCUCUUUCACUUAAUUGAAUACACUUGAUAUAAUAGUUAUCAGCCAUACUGAUUAUUUUAAUCACGGUGCCUUUACAUACACUCAUGUUCCAUAUGUCCGUUUUACUUUAUUUCCAUAGCGACGUUUUGCACGCUUGCGUCGCUAUGGUAACGGACGGUUACGUCGGCGCAUUAUGACGUCACUAAGUUGGGCGGAACAUACUUGCACAUGCGCAAUGGAGACACAGGGACGCCAGUCAGGCGGCAAUGUUCACCUGGGGUAAGCUUGUUCACUUAAUUUUUUACUAAUUAUGUCUUAUAUAAAAACGCUGCAUGUUUGAUUCUUGCUUUUAUGAUCCUGAAGAAAGUCCUCUUAGAAGGACUGAAACGUUGAUCGCAAGUUUUAUAUGUAUCUUCAAUAAAUUUUGGACUUUUAUACAGAACCGUGAGUGCAGCCAUCUACUUGGUUUUUUAUAUAUAUAUAUAUAUAUAUAUAUAUAUAUUUAAUACAAUGUUAAACAAAAAUCUGCACACCAGUCAAGCCAUAAGACUUGCUUUUCCCACAGAAAUCACAAAUCUGCAGUGAUGUUACAACCGCAAAGGAUUCAGGGUGGGCAUAUGCAAAUUAGUUUAAAGGACCACUCUAGGCACCCAGACCACUUUAGCUUAAUGAAGUGGUCUGGGUGCCAGGUCCAGCUAGGCUUAACCCAUUCUUUUACAAACAUAGCAGUUUCAGAGAAACUGCUAUGUUUAUGAAUGGGUUAAGCCUUCCCCCAUUCCCUCUAGCGGCUGUCUCAUUGACAGCCGCUAGAGGCGCUUGCGUGAUUCUCACUGUGAAAAUCACAGUGAGAGCACGCAAGCGUCCAUAGGAAAGCAUUGAUAAUGCUUUCCUAUGUGACCGGCUGAAUGCGCGCACAGCCAGCCGCAUGGGAGGAGAAGAGGAGGAUCGGAGGAGGAGAGCUCCCCGCCCAGCGCUGGAAAAAGGUACGUUUUUACCCCUUUCCCCCUUCCAGAGCCGGGCGGAAGGGGGACCCUGAGGGUGGGGCCACCCUCAGGGCACUAUAGUGCCAGGAAAACAAGUAUGUUUUCCUGGCACUAUAGUGGUCCUUUAACAAAGAAUCACAUUUUUUGCCUCAUUCCAUUUUAAACAUGGAUUCCUUUUAAUCUGUGUUUGCUGUAUACAACUGCUUGGAACACAAUUUAGGAAAAAAUGCAAAACCAGUGAACCACUCAUGGACAGCUGUUUCGUUGUUAAUGCAACUCAUCAGCAUGAGGUUGGUUACUGGUUUGCUUAUUGAGGCUUGGUAGUGCUUGGGAAGCAAAAUCCAAAUCGGUUAUGGUGGGGAAAAAUUGUGAUUGAAAACCCCUUCCACCUGAAGUCUGUGGAUAGUUAAUACAAUGUUAAACAAAAAUCUGCACACCAGUAAUCUAUAUAAAAUAUAAAUAAAAACUUGUGUGUGUGUGUGUGUAUGUAUAUGUAUGAUACAGUAUAUAUAACUAGUGAUGUCCCGAACGGUUCGCCACAGACUCAUCAUUGAGCAAACUUUGACCCUGUACCUCACAGUCAGCAGACACAUUCCAGCCAAUCAGCAGCAGACCCUCCCUCCCAGACCCUCCCACCUCCUGGACAGCUCACUAAGAAUGCAGCUUCACAAUGAAUGUAAAAUGGAUGCUGUCCAGGAGGUGGGAGGGUCUGGGAGGGAGGGUCUGCUGCUGAUUGGCUGGAAUGUGUCUGCUGACUGUGAGGUACAGGGUCAAAGUUUUCUCAAUGAUGAGUCCGUGGCGAACCGUUCGGGACAUCACUAAUAUUAACUACAGUAAUACCCCGGAAUUCGCAGGGGAUACAUUCCAAGAUCCCCUGCUAAUUUUGGACGGACAAUAAUAAUACUGUUCGGGGGAGAAAAUAACUUUAAUAGGGGGGGUGAAGUCUUUAUCAUGUAAUCACCAGAAGGGAGUCCAUGAUAAAGAUUUCAUCCCCCUUCUUCAUUCCAUGCACUUACCUGGUUCUGGGAGCUCCUCUCUUUUUCCUCAUGCGCAGCCAUCUGCAAAGAGCGCUUGGAGGAAGCGACGUCGUCACACGUGACCUCACUUCCUCGAAGCGGUCACAAAAAAAUCUACGGAUUACAUCUGCUGGACCAGAGGGAAAAAAUACGCAAAUCCGUGAAGCUGCAGAUUUAGAAUGCGAAUUUUCGGGGUAUUACUGUACAUAAUUAUUAGAUUUUUUUUUUUGAGGGAUCUGCCUGACAACGCAAGCAGACAGUCCAGAGAAUUUCAUUGGCAAGCCCUAUAUUUAACCUUGUAACUUUCCAAAACACCAUAAAACCUUUACAUGGGGGGUAUUGUUAUACUCUGGAGACUUCGCUGAACACAAAUAUGAGCGUUUUAAAAAGUAAAACUUAUCAUGACGAUGAAAUCACCAGUAAAAGUUCAAUUUUUGUUUUAAAAAAUGCAAAAAAACAAAUAAAAAUGCUAACUUUGGACAGCGUUUGUAACUAGGUGGCUACUACAAAAGACUGGAAAUACCCCAUUUUGAAUACCCUGGGUUGUCUACAUUUGAAAAUGAUAUGUCAUGGUGGGGUUAAUUUUCAUUUCUGGACUGCCAUACUGUUUUAAAGGCAAAAAUAGCCAAUCUGGCAAAUUGCAAUUUACAAAAACAGAAAUUGACAAAUCUUAUGUUUGACCCUGUAACUUUCCAAAUCACAAAUAAAAACCUGUACUUGAGGGGUACUGUUGUACACGUGAGACAUUACUCUACACAAAUAUGCGCAUUUUAGAGCAGUAAAAUAUAUUAUACUGAUAUUGGUGAAAUGGCAGUUUGUGUGAAAAAUGCCCAAAAAACUAAUAUAAACGCAAAUGUUGGCCUGGGCUUUUGACUAAGUGGAUACUAAAAAAGACUGGCAUACCCCAUUUUGAAUACCGUGGGUUGUCUACUUUUACAAAUGGUAUGCCAUGAUGAUAAUUUUCAUUACUGGGAUGCCAUAUGGCCUCAAAAGCAACAUAGGCCCAGCAAACCAAUCUGGCAAAUUUCAAUGUGCAACAUGGAAAAGGGGAAAGUCCUACAUUUGACCCCUGUAAGUUUGCAAAAACACAUAAAACAUUUGGGGUACUGUUGUACUCAGGAGAUGUUGCUGAACACAUAUUGGGUGUUCUUUGUCAGUAGCACAUAACAGGAACUGAGAAUCCAUGCCUAAAGUACAAUGUGCAAGAAAAAUAACACAAACAAAUGUCCCAAAUGGGACAUGGGUGCAUUAUGACUAGCUGUGAAAAUUCCAAGUUUGAAAACUGGAUUGCACACUCUCCAAAUAAGGUCUUCUAGCCCCCAGAGAACGCAACACACCUAUACAUGGGUGGUAUCCCUGUACUCAGGAGAUGUUGCUGAACACAUAUUGGGGUGUUCUUUGGCAGUAACCCUUAAAGUUCUCAGUAAAUGUAUUCUUAAAUUGCUAUGUGUGUCAAAAAAAAUCACCAAUUAUUAUUUAUUUAUUUUUUUAUUAUUUGGCAUAGAUUGGUGGUAAAAUGGUUGCAUGAAUAGAGUCAAAAUACCCCAAGUCUAAUACCUUAGGUUGUCUUCUUUUAAAAAAAUAUAUACAUGUGAAGGGUUAUUCAGGGAUUCCUGACAGAUAUCAGUGUAACAAUGUAACUUGUGUUAAUUUUGAAAAAGAAUGGUUUGGAAAUAGCAAAGUGCUACUUGUACUUAUUGCCCUAUAACUUGCAACAAAAAAAAGCUAAGAACGUGUUAACAUUGGGCAUUUAUAAACUCAGGACAAAAUUUAGAAUUUAUUUAGCAUGGGUGUUUUUUGACGGUUGUAGAUGCAUAACAGAUUUUGGGGGUCAAAGUUAGAAAAAGUGUUUUUUUACAUUUUUUUUACAUCAUAUUUUAUAAAAUAAAAUUUAUAGUGAAUUAUAUGAUAUGAUGAAAACAAUGGUAUCUUUAGAAAGACCAUUUAAUGGCGAGAAAAACAGUAUAUAAUAUGUGUGGGUACAGUAAAUGCGUAAGAGGAAAAUUACAGUUAAAAGUAGGAAGAUAAAUGAAUUGACCGGGACUCAAAUGGAAUUUUAAAAUUUACGCCAAAUUAGAAAAAUUCUCCAGUUCAAUUCUGUUUUCAGUUUGGCUGUUCAAUUUGAAAUUCACUUUGAAUUCCUGCCAGGUCUCCAUUAAGUGAAUAACGCUGAUAGUUUAUCUGGAGACUUUUUUUCCAGUUUGUUUAUUGUGGACUAAAACAUGGAAUUAAUGUUGAAUUCACUUUAAACAUGUGCCAUUUUACUGCUUAACGAUAGCCCUGACCGCAAACAUGUUUUUUGCAGAAUCACAAUCACUUAAACCAUAUCUUAGUGUUCUCUUACAGCUGCCUAAUUGUAACCCUUCAUUUUGAUAUCGAUUCUCUUUUGCACAAAUAGAAAGAGCAUUGUUCCCUUUUAAUCUUAUGCCUGCUCUUGUACUGUACUCCUCUCUCUACAGUAUAAAACCAGCAAGGAGGGCAGCACCAUGGGAGUCACCGUGUCUCAGGCUGCCAUGCUGGCACAUUGCCAUGCACUGACACAGGCAUGUGGCUAUUCUGAAGGUAUGAGUGAGUGGACAAUGGUUUCGGUUCUGUAUGCAUGUGUUAGAGUUGUCAACUUUACAAUGCUUUCUGUUCCUGCAAAUCAUAUAUUCUUGCUCCACGGUUACUCUGUGUAGCAUAACAUGAAGGAAUGUUUUGGGCUUUUGUUACAUCAUUUAUUAUGGUGGCACUCACUCAUAUAUUUUAGUGUAUCUUGCAUGUUAUGUUAUAUGUUGCCUGAUCAUAUAAUGUAUUAUAAAGCACAAGAAAAGAAAGUUGGAGAAUGAGAUUUAUCGUGUGUGGGUUUUUUUGUUUGUUUUUUUUCUUCAGCGGAAACCUUAACUAAUGUUCUAGACUUCAAGAGGGAUGCUGGUCUGUGGCAUGGAGUGCUGACGGUGAGUUGUUGUCUUUUGAUGACAACAUCUAGACGAUAAUUAAAUAGGUUGAGAUCAUAAUUGUUAUGUGAUUGUUUUCUGGACAACUGAUUAUUCAGUAUCAACGCAUUGUUAAUUUGAGUCUUUUUAAUUGUAUUCUUCACGUUCGGUUUGUAAAAAACUGACUAUCCUCAGAAGUGUUUACAUUAUAAUAGAUCACUUAGAACAUGUCUUUAUCUUCUGUUGAUAAUGGGUAAAGAUUUAUAUAGUUAUAUAUAAAUAUAUGGUUGGCUGAAUUGUGAUUGCAAACCAUUCUCACUGCUUCUCUUAUUUUGAAAGUAGCAAUUUAUUGGCUAGGUUCUAUUACAAAUGCUAAAUUUAACUCUGGUAACUGAAUAACUGUUCUUCCACUUACAUCUCUGGGGAAAUGGGUAGUUACUCAACAGAGAUACACUUAUCACUUACAAUAGACUAAAGCUCUAUAUAUGAUUUUCUCUUUAUAUUUUGUAGUUACAUUUGACCUAAGUAUAUUUGUGUAUACCUAGUUACACUUAUCAUUAUUUUUAUUCACUGUUUAACUGGAUCUUUAAUUUAACAAGUACAUCCAAUUAAGUAAUGUAUUGUUGAUAUUUGAUACAUUUCUGUGUAUAAAAAUUUUAUAUUAUUCUGAUUUUCUGUGGAGAGACCAGAUAAAUUGCAUUAAGACUAUUCAGACAUUGUAUUUUAUCUUUCUUGUCCAGUAGGAUGCUUGGAGCAUAUCCGCUCAGCCAUAGAAAUGAUCAUAUUCUGACUUAUGCUGUCAUUUCAUAUUCUCAGCACCAAAAAACACUGUCUGACAAAUUGUCGCGUUAUUCUACAAUGAUCUUCAUAUCAUUACUGCUGGGUUAUAGCUAGGUUAGGUGAAAAUAAUUUGUUUGAGAUAUAUAUGAAUAACUUGCCUAAAGCACCAUGGCCACCUUGAUUUGAAGUUGUCAUGGUGCCUGCAGUCUGUGAGUGCAGCGUUUUGCUGUUAAAUGCUGCGUAUGCCUAGUUUAAUUCCUGUGCUGCUGUAGGUCAAAAUCCUAUAAUAAAUGUUCCAGGCUGGCUAACUUCAAUUCUGUGCAUAUUCUUAUUCAUAUAUAUGCAUUCAUAGGCAGAGAGCGUUGAGCUGAUACUCUCAGCCAAUGAAAGGCUGGCAGGAUCGACUUUUGCCCUCUGCAGGUCGUCAGAAACCAGAUGUUACUGACUAGAGAGGAGACCAGGAGUCCAGCAUUGACCCAAAUAAGAGGGCAAGUAAUUUGUAAAAUAGCUUGCCCCAUUACUUGGAAACAUGACCAGGGAACAACUGGCAUCAUAACCAUUACAACAGGCUGUAGUGGUCAUGAUGUUUGCAGUACCCCUUGACCGUCAAGGGUAAAAUUAAAAUUAGUAGCAGGCUGGGGCUUGUUGUUUUUUAAUUCCCUUUUAAUAAAACCAAUGAGAUAUCAUGUGACAGCAGAUUAGUAUACUUUAUAUGUUGUAUUUUAGCUUUUCUAACAUGGUUUUUCUAAUACAGAGCGUGAUGAACAGAAUGCAUGUGGUCAGCAUCCCAUAUGCCCUAAUGAAAGUGAAUCCUCUCUCCUGGAUACAGAAAGUCAGCACUUACAAAGGUAAGUUACCCAGGUUUCAGAGGCCAACAGACGGGUAAAAAAGAUUUUAUCUGUUCAAGUUGGUUGUGUAUGUUGUGCACAAUUGUGUGUGUGUGUAUAAUUAUAUAAAUAAUUUAUACUGCUGUUCUCUUGUCCUACGACUUUAAUUUGGGGUCUUUGUGAAGCUCGUGUGGCUCUGGUGAAAUCUCGGGACAUGCAUUGGUCCCUCCUGGCGCAGAGAGACCAACGGGAUGUGAGUCUUAAUUCUCUGCGGAUGCUGAUCGUGGCAGAUGGAGCAAAUCCAUGUAAGCAAGCAUAACAUCCAUAACUUCUGUCCAUAAAAGCCUUUUAAAAGAAUAUACAGCUGCUAUUCAUGUGUGUUUUAGUCUUUAGGAUGCCUGAGAGUCUGUUUUUGGUUACAGGGUCCAUAUCUUCCUGCGAUGCCUUUCUCAAUGUCUUCCAGUGUCGAGGUCUAAGGCCUGAAGUAAUCUCUCCUUGUGCCAGCUCAUCUGAGGCACUCACUGUUUCUAUGCGCAGGUGAUUUCCUUUUUUUUUCUUCUUUCCCUCCUGGCAUAUCUGCAAAACCUGUUUAUACUGGUAUUGUUCAACUUAUUUACAUUUUUACUUCUUCCCCCCCUCCCCCUUUCUCCUAUACUACUACCAAUCUAUUUAUAUUUUUCCAUGUCUUUCCUAGUCACCUAAUAUUUACUCUAUUUUGCUUCCUUUUUUAUUAUUCCCCACUUCCAAUAUUUACUUUUCUGGAUUUUCAGACCUCCAGAUAUGGGAGGUGUGCCCCCUGGAAAAGCAGUCCUGUCCAUGAAUAGCCUGAGCUAUGGCGUCAUCCGAGCAGACACUGAAGAGAAGCUCUCUGUACUGACUGUUCAGGAUGUAGGACAGGUUCUCCCUGGAGGUAGACAAGUUUUGCUAUUUGAUGGUUUGUUUGUGUUUUUGCUUUGUUUUUUUUUUGUCUCCAUGCAGCUAUAACAACAUUUUACAUGUUGACAUUCUAAAUGUAUCAUGUCAUCCCAUGUUAUUCUAAUUAUUAUAUGCGUGUGCCUUACAGCUAGCAUCUGUGUAGUGAAGGCGGAAGGAGCACCACACUUGUGCAAAACAGAUGAGGUCGGAGAGCUGUGCGUUUCAUCCCAUUCUACAGGGACUGCAUACUAUGGUCUUCAAGGCAUUACAAAGAAUGUGUUUGAGGUAUAGUGGGAGAGGCAUUUACUAGGAACUCUGUUGAGUAUUGGUAGGCGAGUCAUGUUUUGUACAAAUUAAUGUAGUUUCACUGUAUAUGUGACUGAAUAAUGGAAGAUGAUAUGAACUUGAGGGAAGUGACUGCUUUCUUAAUUUCUGUUAUAGACGAUUCCACUUACUGCCAAUGGAGAUCCUGUGUCUAACCAGCAUUUCACAAGAACUGGGUUACUCGGAUUUGUUGGACCAGUGAGUAUAUUUUAAGCUUUGAUUUAUCAUGUGUUUUACAACCAUUACCUGGCCAGUGAUGCCAUGUGCGAUUUUCCAACUGGCAACUGCUGACUAUAUUUUAUUAAGGGUAUAUUAUGAUAUACCAUAACUAUUGCUUUUUGCAGGAGCGAUUGGUGUUCGUUGUUGGGAAAGUAGAUGGACAAAUGUGUGUCAGUGGACGCAGACACAGUUGCGAUGAUGUGGUAGCAACUGCCUUAGCAGUGGAACCAAUGAAAUUUGUUUACAGAGGCAGGUAAGAAAUAUUUCUAACCAAAGAGUCCCAGAUGUUUAGCAUUAUCAUUGUGUGGACCUAAAGAUGCCUUUUGAAUUGUCAUAUUAGGCAUUGAGUUGGACCAGCUAGUCCUUGGCAGUCCGAUGUGUCUAGAACUGUCAGUUUGUAACAAUGAAAUUUACUGUAUGAUAGAGAGAAGGAGAGGGUAACUAGAGGCCACUCACUUUUUCCAUUUUAAUUGAUAUGCUAUUAAUUAAUAAUUGUGCAAUUAGAAAAUGCAUCCUGAAGAGGGAGAGGUGUUAAUAUUUUACGAAUGCCCUACUCUUCUUGGCAGGAUAGCCGUAUUUUCGGUUAAUGUUCUACAUGAUGAGAGGAUCGUCCUGGUGGCAGAGCAACGCCCAGACUCCUCUGAAGAAGACAGUUUCCAGUGGAUGAGCAGAGUUCUGCAGGUAAUCUGUCAUAACUUUGUCAUGUUGUUGUGAACAUCAAGGGCUCUAAUGAACUAAAAGCAGAUUUUCCACUUAUUUAUUCUAGUAUGUGUCAAUUCCAAUAACUCAUUCCCUUCGUACAUGCAUAACUCUUUCCCCUAAAUGUGGUUGGUAAUACAGCAGUGAUCCUAACCUAAAAUAUCACUAAUUUCUACAUUUUGCAUUUCCUUAGGCUAUAGACAGCAUUCAUCAGGUAGGAGUUUACUGCCUGGCACUGGUACCUGCAAACACUCUUCCCAAGGCACCUCUGGGAGGCAUCCAUAUCUCUGAAACUAAGCAGCACUUUUUGGAAGGCUCCCUCCAUCCUUGCAAUGUUUUAAUGUGUCCACACACAUGCGUCACCAAUCUGCCCAAACCACGCCAGAAACAGCCAGGUAAAUGAAAAGGGGAGGCACACACGUCCACUUUUCUCAAGAUUUGUGAAAUAUAAUCUUCAUGCUAUGAUAAAACACUAGUUUCUUUUAGUGGUCAGAAGCAAUAGUCAGUCUUCGUAGCAUCUCUCCUCUCCACGUGUUAGCAGUAUGUUUAUCACUGUGAUACAUUUUACUUUAUAUCGUUAUUUUUAUUGAGUGUUUGUUGCAGACAAAUGAUGUGUCCAUACCUAACAGUCAGACAAAUAAGGAAUGUCAAGACAACAGUAAAUUUUCACAUAACUCUGAAGGAGAUCAAUUUGAAAAGCCCACAUUAUUGGCCUAUUGUGUAAUGUCAGCAGGAACUUACAUCUGAAUGUAACCUAUGAUAGUAGUAAUACAAUUCUGUAAAGAAGCACAUAUUAGUAGGUAACCAUAUAUUAUAAAUAGUAUCAGACAAUACAACUAAAAGUAAUCUAGAGCAAGUAGCAAAAAGCAAAAGAAAAGCCCAUAUAAAACCUUUUAGUGUUUGAAAUAUUUGUAUGUAAUUGGUAUCUAAUGAUCGGUAACCUGAAUCAAAGGCUCUCAGACAAGCAAAUACUGUAGGUACACGCCACGUAAUACUUGAAAAUGAAAGGAAAAGGUUAUCACUGAACCACGUUUGUGACUGAAAACAAGGGUGUACCUUUGUUUGAUAAAUGGGGUUAAAUCCACUGAUGGUUUAGGACCUAAUUACAUAAAAAGCUUAGGAAUGUGCUUAAUUUAUCUAUCCUUAAUCUUACAUCAUUUUGGCACUAUUAAAUGAAGGGCAUACCUUCAAAAGGAUUUAUUUUUAUUUUAUUUUUUUAUUUUUUUAAGAACCUUAUUAUCAAGAUUCAUUCAUUUUCAAGUGCUGCUGCUGUCUUGGUUUAAUUUUUCCCAUGUUUCCUCACAAGUGGCAUUUUCCCAUGUUUUUCAAAGAUGUUGGCCCAGCCUCUAUGAUUGUUGGUAAUCUGGUAGCAGGAAAAAGGAUUGCACAGGCUUGUGGGAGAGACGUGUCUCAACUCGAGGACAAUGACCAGGCACGAAAGGUAAAAGACAAUUUUGUAAGCCAUUUGAGUAGUUUAUCCACAAAAAAUGUUUUUAUAACUUUGUUUCUUUGAUCUUCCCAGUUCCUGUAUUUAGCAGAUGUUUUACAGUGGAGAGCACAAACCACUCCCGAACAUCAACUUUUCUUGCUGUUGAAUUCUAAGGUAACUGCUAAAGCUAAGUACACUACAGUGUUUCACCCUGUUGAUAAGUGCUGGAACAUAAAAAUGAGGAAGGAAUGCAGCCUACUAAAAUAAACGAAUGGAUCGAUAGGAGAAGAGGCAUGGAGAGUGGUGUACUGGGGAGGGAAAAGUAGAUUUUAUACACAACCCUGCAUUGACACACAAACACACCCCUUUAUUCACACACCAAUACUCUUGGGGCAGAUAUUACCUCUGUGAAGACUGUUUGUUUCACAUUGCUGUUAAGCAUUUCUUGUUUGUUUUCUAUAAUACAUUGUGCUGUUGUCUACAUCUCCCUUAUGUGCAGGGAACGGUGUGCAGUUCUGCAUCAUGUUUACAACUACAUAAGAAAGCAGAACGUGUAGCUGCUGGUUUGAUGGAGAAAGCUCGUCUAAAUGUUGGGGAUCAUGUUGCUUUGGUAUACCCUCCAGGUUGGUAUUAUGAAAGUAACUGUGUUUUGCAAUACUUGAGGUUUCUCAGUUUCUGAGUGCGGAUUUCUAUUGGUCCUGGAGCUUUGCACUGCCCUUUUAAUAUGGGAGUGUGUUCCCAAACUGUUUAGGUAAGGAGGUUGCCCGUUUUAUUCUAAGCAUAUGUUUUUAUUUUUUCUUCUAGGUAUUGACUUGAUUGCUACAUUUUUUGGCUGCCUUUAUGCUGGUUGUAUACCCAUAACAGUUCGACCGCCUCAUCCACAAAACCUUACAACCACCCUGCCCACAGUAAAAAUGAUUGUUGAAGUAAGUGCUUUGUGAGCCCUGUUCAUACACAUUCUGUUUCUCACCAGGUAUACUUGUUUUGUAUGUAAUGUAUGCUGGUCUCCUUGUGCACCACUGUCCCUACAUUUACUUGUUAAGCUGCCUUAUGUCAUCUUGUGCUGAGUCCAUGAUGUCUGUUGUUUCCAUGUGCAGGUCAGUAAGUCAUCUUGUAUCCUUACCACACAAGCAAUAAUGCGUCUGCUCAAGUCCAAGGAAGCUGCUGCAGCUGUAGACAUCAAAACAUGGCCACCUAUUCUGGACACUGGUGAGAAGUAUAGGCUAGACCUGUAUUGGGUGGAUUAAGGCCACUUAAUUAUCCUAAGUGAGGCUAUUGAGUGCUUGUACCAGAGUCUACGCCUGAAUGCAGUGUUGGCCAAAUUAUACAGAAAGAGUUAGAAGAUACCGGUAUUUGGAAGUAGAAAGUGAUAUAUAGACCAUAGCCAGGAUUUUUUAGAGAGUUAUAUAUAAAUCACAGAAUCAUUCAGAUGGCAAAACACAGUAUUGUAAGACUCUAGUAUGUGUUGAACACAGGGCUUAAAAUAUGAAAUACUAUUCUACAAGCCAUACCUUAAGUUACUCACCACUGUAAGCCAUAGCAUGCUCAUCAGAGGUGAAGUUUUACUCGCCAGGACUAGAUUUUUAUUUGCCAGUGGCUAGUGGUCAUUGGGAAAUUUUGAACAAUGGCUAAACAGUUUGUUACUGGAUCUAUGUGCUUAAUGUGUCACCGUAUCAGUCGGCGCGUGAAACAGUCUUCCAGAAAACCAUUUUGUAGUCUUGUUACUUUCAGUUAACUGGGGCUUGAAACAAAAUGUGUUUGUGCAGUUAGGAAUAUUUGUAAAAUAACUGUGUGUGUACAUCCCUGCAGAGGACAUGCCCAAAAAGAAGAUCUCACAUGUGUUCAGGCCGCCCUCACCAGAGACCCUCGCUUACUUGGAUUUCAGUGUAUCUACCACUGGGAUACUAGCUGGAGUAAAGGUAUGAUAUCGAAAAAGCAACAUCAGUUUAUUUUACCAGUUUUCCCAUUAUAAUUGCCCCAUUAGCAAAAUACUAUUUGAUAGGUAUAAAGUAGUGAAACAAUAAUGCAAAAAGUAUGAACUGGCGCUUCCAAAAUAUAGAAUUAAAAAAAACAAUCUUCAACACUUGUGGACACUUUCCCAAUAUUCCACAAAGUAAAUACAAAAACACAAUCUGAAUAUUAGGAAAUAGGUCUUUGAGUGAAGCACUUACUAACAAAAUACACUCACCACUGUUUGAGCUUAGGGUUCCACCUUAACCAUGCAAAAAACAAAGAUAUACAAAAUCGUGUCGUACUGUAAACAAUAUGGAAAGCACUUAAAGGAACACUGUUGGCACUAGAACAAUUUCAUCUUAUUGAAGUGGUUAUAGUGCCUUCUGUCCUAUCCCCCCGCCCUUAAACCCUUUAUUUUACUAAAUGGAAGCUUCAAGCCACGCCUCUGCGCCCUUUGCGUAGGAGAGCCAGGAAUUUAACUUCCUGACUCGUAUACCAUAACAUUCUGUGACAGUGCAUGUAUUCCUAACGCUACAGUGUUGCUUUAAGUUAGCUAUACAGCUCACAUUUGGUGGAGCACCAAAUGAUAGGCUCUGAUUGUAUUGAUUCCUGUGGGUUUUAAGGCGGCGUGGCACCUCUGUAGGCGAUAAGCCUGAUGUCUUCCUUUGAAAGAACAGAAGAGUGUUUUGCGUUGUUUUGUAUUUAAUAGAAAUUGCCACAUAUGCAUAAUCUCCCUUUCGUGGAUAUCUCACAGAGCCAACAUUAAGACUCAAAACAACCUUCACCUAGUUUUUCAGAUAAUUACACUAUACCUAUAUAAUUAAUUUUGCUUUCCUUUGUAGAUGUCUCAUUCAGCCUGCAGUGCCUUAUGUCGUUCCAUUAAGCUGCAGUGUGAGCUAUAUCCCUCUCGUCAGAUUGCCAUAUGCCUGGAUCCAUAUUGUGGCUUGGGGUUUGCACUUUGGUGCCUCUGCAGGUAAUCUGUUCUAUUCCUUAGGCCUUCGUAAUGAUCCAAUCACAAGAUACCAAUGUACCAUUCUUUCCACAGUGUGUACUCUGGGCACCAGUCCAUUCUAGUUCCACCCCUAGAGUUGGAGACAAAUGCAUCUCUCUGGUUGAGCGCUGUUAGUCAGUACAAAGUGCGUGUCACUUUCUGCUCUUAUUCAGUGAUGGAAAUGUGCACCCGAGGCCUAGGCACACAAACAGGCACUUUGCGGGUAAGGAACAUUCUCUGUUUUUUUUUUUUGUUUGUUUUUUUGUUUCCUUAUUUCCUCUGUUCCUAUGUUGGUUUUUUUUCACUUCCCUUUUUGAUUCACGUUUAUCUCACAAUGCACCAUUGUUGCACUUCCUUUAACUAUUUCCAUCCUGAUUUUUUUUUCCUCACUGCUUAUCAGUUUUAUAAACUGUCCAGCUAUUGAUCAUGUUUAUUACCUUUUCCUACUUCUUUACCUCACCCAUUGAUUCUGAUUCCAGUCACGAGGUGUAAAUUUGUCCUGUGUACGCACGUGCAUGGUGGUAGCAGAGGAGCGGCCUCGAAUCUCGCUCUCUCAGUCCUUCUCAAAGUUGUUCAAGGAUCUCGGACUAUCCACAAGAGCUGUGAGCACCACGUUUGGCUGCCGUGUCAAUGUGGCAAUCUGUUUACAGGUGAGUAUGUAAACUAGCUUUUGCUUGAUUUCCCUUUCCCUCAGACCUGUAUGGAGAUAGUCAUGUGAGUACUGUACGGAAAUUGUCAUUUUUUUUCCCUUGCAUAUUCAUAUCCAUUUCUUUCUCUACUUCUGUUUUCUUCCCGCUCUUGCUUUCAUCCUGUUUAGUCUCUCACUUCUUUUUGUGGUUCCUCUUUCAGCCCAACAGACUGGGCAAGCUUGCUGAUCAGGUAUGGUGCCUGCAUGUGUGUGCGCUGACAUGCUAACCGAAGCGUGCUUUGCUCUAAAUACAGCUGGGCAGUGCAGCAGAGGUGUAUGUCAGUGCAAGAUUGAGAGAAUUGGGCUGGUUGUAUGGCAGGAUUGCAAGUUGGGACUGGGUGUAGUGCAGAGUCAGAAAUAAGCUAGCUGUUGUGUACAUUUUGUAGGCCAGGAAAUGUGAAAGGUAGGAGAAUGCUGGGCAGAGGAGGGCGGCUUGUAGUGCAGGUCCCCCCCACACUUGUGCUUGUAAAAUUAGUUUGUUCUGCUUAUCACCUGCAUGGCAUUCCCUGCUCAUGGUAAUGAUUCAUCAUGUUUACAUGUGGCAAUGAAAGUAACCAAUUAUUGUUUCCUCUGUCUCAGGGCACUGCAGGCCCAGACCCAACCACUGUGUAUGUAGACAUGAGAGCUUUGCGCCAUGACAGGUAAAAAUAGACGACUCCAUAACUGCUUUCUUUUUUACUUUUAAAGUUCUUUCUCUAAUCGUAUGUUUAUUAUUCAGGGUGCGUCUAGUGGAAAGAGGGUCUCCACACAGUCUUCCUCUAAUGGAGUCUGGGAAGGUAACUUUUUUUUGUUGUUGUUGCUAAUUCUUUAUUUAUUUAUUUUUUAUUUUUUGUACAUCUAUUUACACAUUUAUAACAGAUGCCAUUUUACAGAAGUGAUUACUUUUAAUGCCAAACAUUUUUUUUGGGUGGAUAGUAGAUUAUAUAUCCUUAUUUGCGGAUUAUCAGUGUCAUGUAUAAAAUAUCAGAAGUAAUAUUUCAUUUUAUUUUAUUUCUGCGUUUGCUCUGGGUAUCCGCCUAAAAUGGGAGCUAUAACGUGUCAAAUUUCCACAAGAAUUGUUACUCAUCUCAUUUAAAUUGGUCAAUAAGUUAAUAUUAGUGCCAACUAAUUUACAAUCUUUACUUCUUAAUAGAUUUUGCCUGGUGUGAAAGUCAUCAUUGCACACACAGAGACCAAAGGACCCCUUGGUGACUCUCAUUUGGGGGAGGUACGUGAGCAAUUUUACAUGAUUGUUUAUGUUCAUACUAUAAGGUUUAGGAAUAGUCUUGAACAGCAAUGGACAACUUUUAGUACUACAGGGGAAGUGAACUGUUGUUCCUAUGAUGAACAAUCCCAGCAAUGUAAUCAAAACCACAUUCUGUAGUGUUUGUGAUGCCAUGAGCGCCCUGGUGUGUCGUUGUCCCCGCCCAAUGUUUGCAGUCAGUUUGCAUAUGGUAUGACAAUCUACCGGAGGUCAUUCACUUCCUCCACUGAGAGACAGCAGCUCCCGCUAGGAGUUUCUGUUAGGUCCCUGAGCUAAGCCCUACCAUGCAAGGCCAGUUCAUUGGCUGAUUGAUAUCGGCUUCCGGCUUUCAUGGAGAAGUUUACUAGCAACCGGCAGACACCUAGUAAAUUGUCAAUGCAUUGGCAAAAAUAUGACUGCUAACAUUCGGUGAGGGUUGAUGGGGCACUCCUGGCACCAUAACCACUACAGUAUGCUGUAUCUGGUUAUGAUUCUUAAAGUGUUCCAGGCACCUAACCGUAUUCUUAAGUGCUUUAGGAAUUCGAUGUAUGUCUCCCUUGUUCCAUCAACUGCUGCUUUAAAAAAAAAAAAAAACAAUCCGUGAUUAGGACAAACACCUCCCUUCCAUCAAGCUGACCACCAGGUGGGAUUUCUAGUUCACUCUAUUUGAGUGAUCAUUCAAGCAGCAGUUAGAGCAGGCCUGUCCAACCUGCGGACCCCCAGAUGUUGCUGAACUACAACUCCCAUGAUUCUUUUAAUGAAACAGAUAGCCAGGGAUCAUAGGAGUUGUCAUUCAAAAACAUCUGGGGGGGCCGCAGGUUGGACAGGCCUGAGUUUGAGCAUCCAUUGUGAAGCAUUAGUCGAAUACAUUCUGUUGUGCAAUUGCCACAUUUGGUGUGAGCAUUUGCAGCAAUUACAGUGCAUGUACCAAUUUCAUACAGACCGGAAGGGAGAGUGUUGUCACUGACACUCUCUUGGAGGUGGAACAGAACAGCUGCAAGAAAGGACUUGCCGCUGGAGAAAAGGGUAAGUUAGCAUGAUGACGUUCUUCAUUUAUGCAGCAGCCUUGCAUGUAGAGGGUUAAAGGACACUCCACAUAUUAUAAGUGAAUAUCCAUUUUUAACGAUGGAGUGUUUCUUUAAACUUGAUCUGCUGCACUGACUGUCUUAUCUCUGUUUUUAAGGUUUGGGUUAGUAGCCCACAUAAUGCUAAUGGCUAUUAUACAGUGUAUGGAGAAGAGGCAUUACACGCUGAUCAUUUCAAUGCAAGGCUCAGCUUUGGGGAUACACAGACCGUAUGGGCACGCACAGGGUACCUUGGAUUUCUCCGCCGCACCGAGCUUACAGAUGCCAGUGGAGGUAAGCGAGCACGGUUAUAUUACAGCCACCUUAUGACUGAAGAAAUGUAAUCUAGUCUAAGAUUCACGUGAUUUGUUAACAUGUAUAUUGUUCCAAAGAUUCUCUGAUGACUGUAUUGUUACUAGUCUCUGUACAGCAAUUUGUGGCAAGUGCCACAUUAACUAAUACCAUGUUUUUACACAGAGAGGCAUGAUGCUUUGUACGUGGUAGGAUCUUUGGAUGAGACGUUGGAGUUACGGGGUAUGAGAUACCAUCCCAUUGACAUCGAAACAUCUGUGAUUCGUUCUCACAAAAACAUUUCAGAAUGGUGAGUGCAUAGUUUUUAUACAUUCACGUCAUUCAAAUAAGCAUGUUUGUUAUGACAGCCUGACAUUGUAGCUAGCGAUCUUCACACCACUGCAUCAGAUUCCAAAGUAAUUUGAACUGAUCCUCCAGGCAUCUCCCAAAUAAAUUGUUUACUUUAGUGGCACUACUUUCCCUGAUGCAGUGUUGCAUCUAGGAACUGUCUAAUGAAUAUAAUUAUUUUAUAUUAUAAUGCAACUCUAAAGUAUAGAUAAAGAAUAGGAAACCAUGAGUUAUACAUUAUCUAGUGCCUGAUCACUAAAUACAUUGCACUUACUGUGGAUUACCUGCCUUCCUAGUGCGGUUUUCACAUGGACAAACCUGCUGGUGGUGGUUCUGGAGCUCGAUGGUCCUGAACAAGAGGCAUUGGACUUGGUGGCACUGGUGACUAACGUAGUGUUGGAAGAGCAUUACCUGAUUGUGGGAGUUGUGGUAAUCGUUGAUCCAGGUGUCAUUCCAAUCAACUCACGUGGAGAGAAGCAGCGUAUGCAUUUGAGAGAUGGUUUCCUGGCCGACCAGCUGGAUCCUAUUUACGUGGCAUACAACAUGUGAACUGCAAGCAUUUGCUUCAUGCCUUAACCCCUUAUUAACUGGGUGAUGUGGGAGUGAAACAUAGCUGGGGGAUGACACUACUUCCAUUCCUAGAGGUGCUGUAAUGCUGCUGUCUUCCUUUCCAGGCACUGUCUGGCAGGUGAAAAAUCUUCCUCCCAUUAACCAUAGAGCAUAAAUGCUUGACAUCACAGGUCCAGGGAGGAUUGUCUUGUAUCGUUGCCAUAAGUCUCCUAGAUCAGAAUGUAACUAGUGAAGUCUUACCUCUUCUUGUGACACUGGAUGUAGCAUUCCUCACACCCCAUUCCAACUGCUGCUCUUUCUGUGCAUUAUGAUAUGUUCUGCCUCCUGUGUUGUCGCCUUACAGAGCCCAAAUUCAUGCAAUAAUGUGAAUCUCUGGUCCUCCUGAAGCUGAGCACAUAGUCUUUUUAUAUACAACGGGGGAGGGUGGACGACCUUCCUCCAAGUCAAGUUGGACUUUUUUUUCCAAAGUGAGAAUGUUCACCAGCCCUGAGGGAGCUGCUGCUUCACUUCUCCUCAGUGAACUGAAUGUAAUUAUGUACAGAGGCCAUGUAAUUUAUUUAAUGCAUCAAGCUAAAGGACAUUCUCAUUUGGUUCUAAACAGAGAAAGGACCACUUCAAUUUUACCACUGUAGUUUUUAUAGAAAACAAAAAAGAAAAAACAGAGACAAUGCAUCAAGCACUCUGGAGCCUGACAAUGUUACAUGUGAUAUUACAGAAAUGGACAAAAAGCACAUUAAACAUUUUAAAAACUGCUUGUGUUGUGGUAUAUCAUUCAUUAGAUUCUGUGCGUCCAAGUUUGAAUAAGUUAGAUGUUCAAUUCCAGUGAUAAUAAACAGGUCUUGUUUAAAGUAAAGGACACAACAAUUAAGAUACAGUGCUAAAUCGGGGGGCAGCAAACUCUGUAACUUGGGUAAACCUAUAUCCCAAGAUUAACAGUGCAGAAUACAGACAAAACAAAACAGGUUGUGCCCAGUGGUUUAUAGUAACCAUUAGCAUAUUGAGGUAAAGAUCUGUGUAUAGAUAUAGCUGAGAUUCAGCCCAGUCCUACUGGCCUUUGUGUUCAGAGCAGUAUAUUUAUUUAAUCUCCUCUUUCUUAUAGGAAACAGCAAUGUAGCAUAGUUGCUGCAGGAACUAAUGUCAUCUCCACAUUGGGAAUUCCUUGCUUCCAACCUGCCAACAAGAUAAAAAUGUUAUUGAAAUUGUUUGUAAAAGUAAUGCCAGAGUUAGACUGACCACCCUUUCAAUACUUGCUAUAUCGGGAGUAAGGCUACAAUGUAUACUUACUAUGUGUGCUGCAUCUAGUUCUUCAUUGGUGAUUUUCCAGCUUAGAGUGACAGACAUGUGACGUCUCCAUAUGGGAUUUCUGUGAAACACUGCAGUGCCGCUGAUCCUGUCUCCUCUCUUUACAUGCAGUGGUUCAUCUAGCAUGAAAAGCGUGUGCUUCCAGUGUGUAAGCCUGAGUAAGGAAUAUGCGUAUUUGCAUUUAGUGAGCAUGGUUGCUGCCAGCAGUCACACUCUACCCUGUAUAUUGCUAUAUGCUGUCA